CGCGGGGCGGGCAGGAGGGAGAAGGGCGCUGCGUAGCUUUGCGCGCCGCCGCCGCCGCCGCUGCCUCCUCUCCCAGGCAGGAAGCGAGAGAGCGCGGCUGGCCGUAAGAAGAGCAGCCGCUGCCGCCGCCGCCCAGCAUGCCCUCUCCUGCCCCAGGCGGCCUCCGCGCCUUGCGCUCUUCUUAGCCGAGUCGCCGCCUCAGCCUCGUCUUGGCCCCGGCCCCAUGGUGGUUGGGGGGCAGCGCUCUGCUGCGGCGCGGGGAGGCGGCAGAGGAGGAGGAGAACGAGAAGGAGGAAGGCAUGGCCGCCCAGGGGGACAGCUGCAGCGUCAAGGUGGCCGUGAGGUGAGCUCGGAGGAAAAGAGCGGGGGGGGGGGGCGGGCUGGGAAAGAAAGGCGUUCGGCGCAGGUGGGCGCAGACAAAGGGUGUCCCUCGCGCCGCUCGCUGCAGGCCGGUCCAUUCAUCUGUCGGGGGUGGGGUGGGGAGGGGAGCCUCCCUACGGCAGAGGGGAGCUUGUGCCAUUGGUCUUUCCUCAGGUGACAUGGGCAUUUUUGGACUUGCCUACAGCGGUGAUCCUGCCCUUGGCACACGGACCCGCGUUUGUGGGACUGUUAGACGGGCAUCCUUGGGGAGAGGCGCGCGCCUCCGUCUGCAGGCAGGGGCGUGUGAGCUUUACCGGUUGUGUGGCAUGUGUGACACACACACACACUCCGAUCCGUAUUGUCCUGUUCCUCUUUGUCUCUGCUGCAGAGGGUCACCCGGAGUGGGGGGACUGCACUGUCCAAUUGCCGGGCUGAUCGGUCUCUGUGUUUAUGCGCAUGUGAUUAGCCACAUCAAUAUUUUGGCUGCCGCACCUCACACCGUCCUUUUUUCUUCUCCUUUUUGCCUCUCCUCUUUUACUCUGUGAGUUUAAACCCAAAUCUCUUCUUACAAUGAAAUCCUGUUUCUAUCUGUGGAAGCCAAUUUUCUGCUGCUUCCAUAAGUAAUGUGCAAGAAGCAGGUUUGGAGUAUUUGUCUCCUGAAGAGACCUAGAGCUGCCCCUCCCUCCUUUUUUCUGAAGUCAAAGCAAGAGAGACAAGGAAAUCCUGUAUUUUGCACAUUUGCUCUGCGUUUUGCUGCCUUUCCUUUCAGCCACGUCUCUGCCUCUGUCUCUCUUUGCACACUCCAUUUAUCCCCGUUAUUGAUAUUUCAGAUAAAUCCGCUGCUGUCAGGUUUCCGUACGGGCUGGCUGGUUCCUUCCCCUUGUUAAGCUCUUAUCUCCCUCCAACAACAACGAAAUCUGUUUUGUUUGGCUGUCAGUUCAUUUUCCCUCUAACCGGAGUUUGUGCUUUAAUCUGCCAUAUGCAGGUGCCUGAUAUCUUUUGAGCAUCAUCCUUUCGUUUAGGGUGGGGUUGGGGGUGAAUCUGCCUAUGCAGUGUCUUCUGUGAAUGGCAAGACUGCUUCACGCCCAUCUCUCUCUCUCUCCCCCUCUCACACACUUUGCCAAAUGCUGUCGCUCCCUAGCCGUUUUGCUUCUUGUGAAAGUAAUAAUUGCAUUGCAGGUACAACAUUCCCCUUUCGGUUCACCUGAAACCAGGCAAUUUGCUUCCCCACUGCAGGAGAAGGGCGGUGUUAAUGCAGUGGCCCACUGCCCAGGGUUUCUUCCUUUGUAUUGACUCUUGCUGCUGAAGAUGUAUGCCCUUUGGAUGUGUCUGUGCAUUUGAAGGCUCUUUAAUAAAAGAAACAGAGGCACUGUGACCAGUGGAGUCCAUGAGCUCUGCACAGGGAGAGCUGUGUUUUGGAGUGGGGAGGGUUAGCAAUGGCUGUCUCAGGAUAUUGCCUUCAGUUCCCAAUGCAGUCUGUCAUCUGGAGACGUUAAGUGGUCUUUGUCAAAUGGAAUUGAAACGGUGAUGGGAGAAUUUAUCCGAACACCAGACUAGUGUAUGCUGAGCACAGAUACCAGGAGCUGCCAUUUUGGCAACCCUUCAUUGCCUCUGUCAGGGUGGGAGGCACAUUUGUGUGCAAAACCCUGUAUUAAGAUCAGACAUGCCAAGUGUGGGUGAGGCCACUACCGCAGAGACGCUCACCUGGACAUAGCAUGGUUUCAGUUUGGGCUUCUUCAUUUUGAAUCUAAGGUGACAGAGCACCUUUAAAAAAAGCCUGAGAAAUGGAGCCUUGUAUUGUUUUGCUCAUUUCAUAGCAGGAUACCAUUGUUACACAGAAGCAAGGAUGGAGGGGCAGGAAUCCUGAAAUCUCUUGCUGUGUGAUCACAAGCACUUCCCAUCUGGCCAGGUUUGUCCAAAGACCAUUAAUUUAUUGGCCUGAGGACUGUGAAAACAGGGUGGUUUUCCUGCCUCUCUUUCCUGGCUUGUGAACUCUCCACCCUUAGAACCUUUGUAUGUGUGUGUGUAGGGCAUCUCUGAGAUACUCAAGAUCUGGGUGUUUUAAGCAGGGAGGUCAAAGGAGAGAAUUGUAGUUUACAAAACUACCUCCUUCUUGCCAAGUUAGUGUGCUUCUGUGGCAGGAAUACAGGAGAAUGUUUUUCAGUUGAGCAGAUGAGCCUCUGAGUAUGUGUAGAUAAUGAAACAGAAAGUUGGGCAGACCUCCAUCAGACCUGGUGCUGAAAAUUGACCCUUCUUUUUCCCUGCUCAGAGUGUAGGGGGAGGCACCAGAUCUUACAUAUGAUUUUGGCAUUAUUGCUCCAGACAGGUGUACUUCUCUCCGGGGAACAGGCUUUACCUAUCAGUGUUCUGACUAUUUAGUGUCUACAUUUGCAUCACACUAGCACAGGACUCCUUAUUUGGUGCAGACACUUCUCCUCCUAAGAAACUCAGCUUUUAUUUUCAACAAUCCCAAGUUUCUAGACCUUAUGGUUUAGCUUUCCAAAUGGAUGACCAUGGGUUAGUCUAUAGCAGCAAAAUCAACCAAUAGUCCUAUGGUUAAAGACUAACACGUUUCUUUCUAUCUGUCUAUCACCUAUCUAUCUAUCUAUAUCUAUCUAUCUAAUCUAUUUAUUUAUUUAUCUAUCUAUCUAUCAUGGCACAAGCUUUCAUGGACUGAAGUUUUCAUGGACCAAAGAUGCAUGAAGUGAAAUCUCAGUUGGCAGGUAUGUGCAUAAAAGAGAAAAAUAUGCAAGGUGUCAGUUGAAGGGCAAUGUGUUUUAAAAAUCCCUUGUCAUUGCCAUUCAACUCCAACCUUACAUUUUUCUUAUUUAUACUCUUGUGUGUAUAUAUACCUCCUAACUGAGAUUUCACUUCAGGCAUCUAACAAACUGGGCUUUAGUCUACAAAAACAUACGCCUCAAUAGAAACAGUGCUGUUCUUCAAGGUGCCACAGGACUCUUAGAUUGCUAGUGGUUUGGAGAGAACCUGAGACUUGUGUCGAGUACAUUCUCAAGCCAAGUGGGACGCAGCAAGAUUUUCUGAGGUGAGGAGGAAGUCAUUCUUCGGUUUUCAUCUUAGCUCCUUAUCUUUCCCCUCCUUUGCAAGUGCACUUAGUUAAGCAGAUAUAUGCAAGCCUUCUUAAUUUGCAUAAUUCCGACAGAUUUUUAAACACAUUCUAUAAUUUGACGCUGGGGAGACAACAAAGAAACGAGGCAGUGGAAGAAGAUGUGCUGUUUCAGUUAAAUGUGCUUAAGCAGGGGGCCGUAAGGACUGGCAUGGGGCAUCAUCCAUUUCAUUUGAAAGUGUAGGUAUGGUGAAACUGCAGGUAUGGUGAGAUGAGAAGGGGACUGAGCUGAGGUGAGAAGGCCAGUUAGAGAAGAGAUGGGCGGGGGUCUUGCCUGUGCCUUUGACAGACAUCUGCCCCUCUCUCUGGUUCCACCUGUGCAAUUCUGCUCUUUAUAAACAGAAGGUAGGCUGCUUUGUCUGCUCUCUGUUUUGACUGAAUCCAGUAGAAACUGCUUUUUUCCCCCUUUUGCUGUUGACCAUUUCAGAAACUAAAGGGAGGGGAAUGAGUUUAUUUUAAGGGCAAAUUGAGGCUGCAUCCUGCCCAAACAAUACAGAAAAUGCAGCCAUUCCUAUCUUCUUCUCCCUCCACUCCCUCCUUCCCAUUGGGAACUGGCCACAGGAAAGCCCAGUUCUUAAUCUUCUAACAAUGCAUAUAGAUGGAUAGAUUUUCAGAAGCUCUUAGCAGUCACUGAAGCAGACAUCAGAAAUGCUUUGUGCUCAAGAGCUGAGCUCAUUCUUCACACUGUGACUGAAAAAUGUGAAAGAAGGGAAUAACUUGGAAUAUAUUUGGGGAAGUAUGAAACCUUAAUUGCCUUCCCCCUGUAUUUGAAGCUGAUCUGGCCUGUGUUCAGAUGACAGUUUUGAGGGGUGUCUUGGGCUCCCUUCCUGAGAAAGUGAAUUUGACAUCUCCAUCCAUUGACUCAUAGAUCUCCUCUUGACAAUAUUCAAGCACUCUGAUGUUGAUAUGUACAGUGUGCUAGCUUACUUAGAGAAACAUGUUCAGAAAGCAAAAUUGUUCUCUUAGGACAGCUACAAGGCUACAUCUACUUGAGCGAUGAGCUAAGAAUUCUGAGAGAAUUAAUUGGAACUCUUAUUCAUCUGAGCAAUGUACAAGUAUUUGCAGUGGAUGCAGGAUAUACGUAAUAAAUGCUGGUUUUGACCUAUAAAACAGUUCAGGACCACAAUACCUCGACCGUCCUCUCACCAUAUGAAUUGACCUGGACAAAAAACAUUCCUCUUCUCCCAGUCCUUUGGCUAAUGAAACAAUCUAUGGCCUUUUAAACUGUGUGUGGGGUUACUGCUUUUGUUUGUUUUUAGGCUUUGUACUUUUGCAUUUUUAAUACUUAAACCACCCUCUGAUUUUUGAAUGAAGGGUGAUAUAAAAAAAUUAAUAAAAAUUAAUAAAUAAUAAUAGUAAGUGGGAAGUGGGGUGAAAAACAGAAGGGAGUCUGGAUGAUCACUCUGCCUUCCGUGGGUAGUACAACCUACACAUGCAGAAUGGAAAAGAUCUGUCAGUGGAUUGAUUGAUUGAUUGAUUGAUUGAUUGAAUGGACAUUUAUUAUUACAGCCAAACAGCCAGCACAAUAGUCAGUGGAUGGACCUUUCUAAUAAUGUGGCUCAGCUCCUUGAAUAUGGAGCAGACAGAAGGGAGAUGGUUGCAUAGUAACAUCUGAGAAGCAAAUCAAACACUGCUUAAUAUCUAUAGAGUAGAGGUAGGGAACCUGUGGUGCUCUAGAUGUUGGACUCCAGCCCCCAUCCACCCUAGCUAGCAUGGUCAGUGGUCAGGGAUGACAAGAGUAUGUACUCCAGAAGUAUCUGGAGGGCCACAAAUUGCUCAACCCUGACCUAAAAGAAGGACUGACACAUUACAGUAGCCAAUAAGGAUGCUGCUGAGAACCAUAUUCCCAUGGUGAGUUUUCCGUUCUGGAGCUGUAAUGUAGAGUAGCUUAUCACAUGGGCAGCCAUCAUUGAAUGGAGAACCUCCAUACCUUUCCCAAGCACUUCUAGAGAUAUCCUGUGAUGCCAUGGAAAUUCCUUAUGCAGAGAUGAGGAUCUGUACAGCAGUCUGCCAUCAUAUUAGAAUUGUGGCACUGAGAAGUUUCCAUUGGCAUGUUGUUUUCAUUCCGUGGCCAUUGUAACCUGUCCAUAGUGUCUGCAGUGGAUUUUCACCCUCCAGUCCACAAUAAAAGUGUGUGUGUAUGUGAACCAAUCAUAAGACUAGUGAGUAAAAGGUCAUCGAGUUGGUGCAGCUUUAACAUUUUUGGGCCAGCUACGGUGUGGGCAGAGCCAGCCAUGUGGAUCCUUGUCUUCAGCUGUCACACAGCUGGUUCUGAUGCAGUUGGUCCAAGACAUGGCGUCCCUUUAAAUGUUGCAGCACCAUCGUGGGACACACCCAUGGAAAAGUGACUCUCCAUGCCAGUGCUUUGAUAUUUAAGGAGUGGGCCAAUUCUUUGUUGCUUCUUGAUUCUCCAUUUUAUCGGUAGCAUCUUCUAAUUUGCAUCCUCAGCAGAUUUCACUUACAGUUUCCUUGCCAACUGAACGAAAAUACUGGUUAAAAAUGGGCUUCUGGAUUGAUCACUGAGAAACUCCACCCCUUAACUCCACUCUGGUUUGAAGGUCUGCCUUUUAACAAAAACCUUUCUCCAUUUACUGUAGCCAGUUCCUUAUCCAUCUUACUGUACAUAUAUAUCCUCCAGUUUCAUUAAUAAUUGCUGAUGUGGUACUGCAGCGAAUGCUUUAUGGCAUUUCCUUUGCCCAGAAAACCAAUUAUCUUCUCAAAAAAGAAUAUCAGAUUAGUCUGGCAGAAGCCUGCACAACGCUCUCUCUCCCCCGCUUCCUCCCACCUCCCCUAGAGCUCUACACGCCACUCCAUUCAUGUGUUGUUGUGACAUGCCAGGUGAUGGAUAAAUGUUCUGGGACUGUAGCCUGGGACUGUGGUGUUGUGCCAGACAGUGGCUGCACAAUUAACCUUCAGUGACUGCAUGUUGCCUCUUGUGUUAUUUUCUUCCACAUCUAAUAAUUAUCUUUGUUCUACUUCUGUCUGUCACUGAGUGUGUCCUGCAAGCAGAAGCCUUUUUAAGCUUCUCAAACAAACAGCAAGGACAGUAACACUUUCUUUCAAGUGGUGCAACCACAUACCUCUAUGUGGGGGCCUUCUUUUUUAUAUAUAGAAAAAUUGGUAAUGAUCAUCCUUCUCUCAAUGUCUGCCUCUCUGCCAGCUUCCAACAGAAUGGGUUGCCGUUUGCCUUACCAGCUGAUCCGUUUAUCCAGAUUUCUCUUUAAUCUUUUUCACAUGAUGAUUUAAAAAAAAUAAAAAUAAACCAUUUUCAGUUUAUGAUGCCAACUUGCAGGCUCAGAGAGGUCUGUGUGGAAUACUUAGAGACACAUUCUUUGAAAGUGGAAGAAAUCUGCUUUUCUGCCUCUGUUGGUUCUUUAGGUGUGAUGAGGACUGUUUCAAACAGGCUUGUAUCUGAGUCAUUCUCCAUAUAUUUCUCUCUCUUUUUUGCAUUUGCAGUAGAGAUUGAGGUUUUAUAUGCCCUAUCAUUUUUUUUUUACAGACUUCAAUGCAGCUUAGGAGAUGGCAUCUCAAACCAAAGAACUGACACGUGUGAAAGAAAGAAAGAAAGGAUUUUUGUUCUUACUUUAAUUGCAAUCCUAUAGCAUGUGAUGUCAAACCUUUCAGCUUCUUCAGUGGUUUACAAGAGGGGGUUGGGGAACUGUCCAAGAGGCACCUUGCAAUGGAACUGAUUUAUAUGGGAAAUGCCAGAUUUGCACAUGGACAGAUUGGUGUUUUUUUUUAAAGGGAGGAGUUGUUAGGGGAGCAUCGACUGCAAUACACUAGAGAGACGGUGGAGGCAAAGGACGAGAAACUAAAUCCUAGAGAAACCAAAACCCAGUGAAAUGUCUCUCAUGUCAUUGCUCUUUGUACUGAAGAGGGGUAGGAUACAGCAGGUGUUCUGCCUUCCUAACAAUCAAGUCCCACAUACAAACAAUGGGGGGAUCUGAAUGGAGUUUAGUUUGUAUCUUCUGAGAGAACUGCACAUCCCUAGGGAGGCCAGGCCUACUUCUGACUUGGGAAGCCAUUGACAUCAUUUGCUAACUGAUGACACAGAAUCUUCCUGCAGAUCAGGGUUUUUGAUACAGUAGUUUAAUUCAAGCAGCUAAGAGCAGCUUUUCUUGCAUACAGGGACCAGAGUGCAAAAUUAAAUCUAUACAUGCUGCAUCAGUUGUGUAGAGCUCGUGUAUGUAUUAUUUGCCAUUCCACCCCCCUUUUAAAUACUUAAGAACAAAUUUGAUCAAGGAUUUCCCCCCACCCCCCAAUCUGAAUGUGCUUGAAACAGAAACACUGUCAUUUUGUACAGAAGUGCAUUUUGUACUGCUUUAAAAUGACACCCGCAGCAGGAAGAAGGGCCAUCAGACCCUGGGCAGACUAAAAAAUAAUCACAUUUAUCUUGUUUGUGGAUUGUCUUAAAAGCUUAUUUGCUUAAAUUCGUUUACAUGUGCUUCAUUAAGUUUUAAGUCUGCCUAAUGUCCACUCCAGACCUAUCUCAGACACCACAGUGCAAUUUCUGGUCAUUCUGAAUGUCUGCGUAGCUUUUGGGACCAAUUUACUGAAGGCUGUUUUAAGUCUGGCAUUAUGUUAACUCGGUUUGGUUUUGAAGGUGGAAAUAAUUUGAGCAUAAAAACUCAGACUCUGGCUGUCGUCAAAAGUGGCUUUGCAGGAGAUAAACUGAUUACGGUACUUUGUGGGUUUCCUGCUUGCUUGCACUAUGAUCUAGCAGGCUCUGCCCGCCUUAGUUCAGAAAUUACCCACGCCCAUUGUUGCAUGCUCAUAUUCUUCAGCUCUUGGCUUCGCAAAGAUUGCUCCUAGUCUCUUCUGGGCUGUUUAGUGUUUCAGCAAAUAACUAUGUAGAGUCCAGCUCAGUCACCCAGGAUGGGUUGUUUCCACUGAAAAUGCAAGCUUGUGAUAUCAGUAAACCUGAAUGAUAGCACUUAGUGUGGCCGGUUUUAAGGUUGCUCUGCGGUGAUGCCGUAUUGUGUGCCAUUGUUUUUCACUGGUUUGAGAAUCACAGGGAUUCUAUGGGCCUGGUUUAGAACUGCUAGGCAAAAGAGCUAAACAGAACAAACAAACCUGUUGCAUACCAAUUGCCAGAGAUGUGUGCUUUCAAGAAAUAAAAAUUAGAAAAAUUAGAUUGGCCUCGGAGCACUUCCUGAAGUGUCUGAGAGCUCUUGUCAGAGCUGAGGAGGGCCAGGAAAUGGAGCUUGUGAAACUGGGGGAAGGAAGUAGAUUUCUCAAGUUUAUUUAAACCCUUGCAACCUCCAGACCUUAGCCACUUCUGUAAACAUUCUUGCUGAAGCAUGCCAUGUCCUUGAUCUCUCCAAGAGAUGGAGCCCCCUGCUGCUAGUAACACUGCCCCCUCCCUCCUCAUGUCUUACUCCAGCAUAUGCCAAGUGGCUUUUCCUUUUUGUAAGGGGCGGGGGUGAAAUGGCAAGUUUUCAGUACUAGCCCCUUUGGGGCAAAAAGCAGGAGUAUUCCAUAGGAAUUGGUUUCAGAUGAUAGCUUGCCAACUUGUUAAUGGCGCUAUGCUUGGUGAAAGAACACAAAGUUUUCCCCCCACUUCCCAGUAGCUCCUUGCUCCCACGCUGCCAGUAUUUACUCUGAUGUCAUUCAAGCCUCAGGAAGACGUGGAGGAUGUAAUUGGCGGGUAUAGAUGGAAGUGGGGGAGAGGGAGUGAAAAUGCUGGUUUCUUCCUAAAUAGGUGUGUCUUCAGUAUAAGUAGUCUGUUUCCACAGGGCGCAGGGAAGGUAGAAGCUGUUGCUGUCCAUUAUAUUGGAUUGCUUUAGGCCAGGAAAUAAAAAGAUGUAUCAGAAACAGGAAGCACUUAGUACAGGGGUCCUCAAACUGUCUACUCUGAGGACCCACUUGAGAGGGCUCAGAAUUGAUGUAACAAAAUGGCAGAGUAGAUGCAGGAAAAAUAGUGGGGAGAGAUGGAGGCAGAGAAUAUUAAUUACAUCAUUUUCUACUGAUAUCUAAUCCUUCUUCGCUAAAUUCUUUGCCAUGGUGAUUUCCUUGUGGCAGAGAGUUCCACAGUUCUCUCAAGCUAAGUCAAGGGAUUGGAAGUAUUGUGAUCCAGCCUCCCCAUUUUAAGCAGAAUUGCUGAUCCAGAGGGUCUAAGUGUAGAAGGGUUUGUUUUAUUUUAUAUUUCACCCCAGCACAUCUCUCUCAAAAGUAUCUUUAGUUGUCUGCUGUUAUUUAUCCUCUUUUCACACUCUAACUUGUUCCCUGUUUCCACUGCCAGUUUAUUUCGUUCCUCUUCCCUGGCUCCAUUUAACAUUCACUUCUUCCUCUUCUUUGACAGCUUGGCAGAGUGAGCAUCCCCUUCACCUCUAUUCCCAGUUUAUUAUUAUUUAUUAAAAUAUUCAACUUUUGUCUCUCUGACUUCCUUCAGUGGCCCCUUUGACUCCUUCACCUCAGAGGAGGCGGGAAAGGCUUCCUGGCUCAGUAGGAGGCCAGCUGUGGUUUGUGGGGAUGUGUGUGAAGCAGAGGACCCAGAAGUCUCAGCAGCUGCUCCUGGGGUCUUCUCCUUUUCACCUCCCACAGCCACUUUGACUCUUUUACCUCCCUUCUUCCUGUUCCUUUCCUGGCACAUUAUCUAUUUCCCCCUCGCUACGAUUUCUUCCAUUGCAAAUCUGCAUGCUACGCUCUCACUCUUGCCUCUGCUGUUUAACCUGACUCCGGCUCCAGGGCAUGUUCAUGCCCUGCACAUGCGGGAGCUGCUGCUAGGGUGCAUCCAAUCAGAAGGUUGCAGCAUGACCAGGGGAUAGGCUGUGAUGCUAAUGCUUGUUUGAUGGUCCCUGGCCCACAGUUUAAGAAACACUGGCGUAGCAGGUUCUUCAUGUUUCCAUGAGUUAAACUGGUGUGUAAAACUGAUUGUAGCUGGUGUCAGUUUUGCAGUGUGCAUUGAUGUUCCUGUUAUGUUCUGAUCUUGGAAAGUUGCGGAUUUUUAAAAGGUUUUUAAACGUAAGUUGGAUGGCCACCUGUCAGGGAUUUUUCAGCUGUGAUUCCUUCAUUGUGAGAGUUGGACUAGAUGAUCCUUGUGGGUGCCUUCCAGCUCGGCAGUUCUAUGAUUCUGUGACCGUGUUAACAACAUGCAGCAGAAAUAGUGAAUGAGGCUCAAAAGCACAUUUAAAACAUUGCUUAUAAAGAUGGAACCUGCACAGGAUGGGAGCUGAAUUGGAACAAAGAAACCGAGGGAUCAGAUCUUUGCAAAGCAUUUUGUAGCUGUCAUAUGGAAGAGGCUGUAAAUACCUCCAUGUUUUGGAUGAGAGGCAAGUUGAACCCUUCCAGUGCAUAUGUAUGGUAUGAGGGAGCAGUACAAGAACUGUCCUCCUCUGGAUGGCCAGAGCUGCCCACCUGGAACCCACUUUGGUACUACAGCAUCAUAGCAUUCUGAAGGAACCACCUAAUAAGAAACAGAAGCAUCUUUUAGGUAUUCUGGCAAUAGGCUGAGAUCUGCUUUUCCAGCAGUAUUUAAUCCCAGGACCCUGCUGCAGCAUUUCCCUGCCAAGGUGGGAAGAAUGAGUUCAGUGGGAACUAGUGGUACCAGACCUUUAAAACAUUAUAGCAGUGCAUUGGAAUGAAGCCAUGGAGAAACAUCUCUCCAUACUGCUGCUGGAGCAUCUCAAGUGUUCCAUAAUGUACCAUAUGUGGGAUCUACACUUGCAUGCUUGUCAGGUAUGCAAAGGAUAGUUUGGAGGGGAUGGCAAUCCUGAAUGGAGGAGUCUUAUCAUGGUAGCUUCUUGGAUGAGACAUUACCGGUAUUUCUCUGGCUUGGGAGGCAUAUUAUUGCCUUGGCUACAAAGCUGUCAGUUGGAGUAAGCAUUGCCAAGGGGAUGGUGCUGUCUAACACAGUACUUACCCCGUGUGAAGGGAUGUAAAUGCUGCUAUUUGCUAAUUCUCAGCACAAACGGGGCCUUUCUUCCUAGGGUUUUGGAAGGCCUGAUGUCAUGUCAACAAGAUUUCAUUUGGCAUCACUGAAUCCGUCCAUGCAAGAAAGACACAGUAGGAGCUAGCAAGGGACAGCUGGCUUGUGUGCUCUGCUCUGGAACUUUCAUGUAGUAACCAGCAGAGCUGCUGCUGCUGCUGUUGAAUGGCAGGUGGGAUUGGCCAUUGGAUUGCCAUUAGGAAUAGGUAGGAAUAUGGAUCUGUGAGAAAGUAUGUAACAAGAGAGGGAAUUGGGGCACCGUGUUCUGGGCUGUGGUAGCCAGGAAUGGCUGCAGAGAUCAGGUCUGCUGCCACUAGAAAAAUGAAUGGGAACAAUGAGAAAUGUACCUGUUCAUCAGUCUGUGCUUUCAUUUCAUAACAAAUGAGCUUAAACUCUCAACUGAUGCUCUAAUGCAUGUAUUGUUGUUUGAUGCUUUUUUACUUUGUAAUCAGCCUAGAAGUACAUUGGUUCAUAAAUAAACAGUUUGGUUCAAUGUUUAAUUCAUUCUGAUACAAUGAUACACAUCUCUAGCUUUUCAUUUCUUUCUAAGUUGUUAUACAGAUCUGUACUCAGCAGGGUGUUUUUGGAGCCAAAAAAAUGCAAAACAAAUAGUAAUAAGAAUCACAGAAUUAAAACCAUUAAAAUUCAGCAUACACUAAAAUAAAGCUCCUCCAAAUGCUUUCUGAAACAAUAAUUCUACCUCAUUUGCAACACAAAAAGAUGGGGGGAGUGUCAUUGGGGUCCACAAGGAAGGCAAAGGGAAGAAGUUGCCCCCUGAAUGGCCCCUCUGAAUGGCUAAAACUUUAGCUCCGCAGUUUUCUUUUUUAAUGUCAGUUUCUAGCAUUUGUAGAACCUGAAAUAUGAGGCAAAAUGAACAAGCACUUUUCUUCUCUUUUGUGUGUGUGAGAGAGAAAUAAGCCUGCUUCCCCCUUUCAGUGUCUGACUUUGAUUCCCCCUUCAAAGAUUCCCAUGAGCCCCUGGGUUGGGUAUAUAUUCCUGCCAUUCCUCUAUUUCUACAUGGUCUAUUGCUGCAUGGCUCAGGCUGCAUUACCUAUUUGUAGCAGCGCAGAAUAUGGUAAUUUGGAUCGGGUCUCCCUCACUUUUCCUUCUUGCCUCUCCAGCUUCUGUCCUGGAGAACUGAAGCCUUGUUUCAGGCUUUAUACCUGAGCAGGGCAUGGCAACACAACCAGGGAGAUGUCCAUGCCAUCCACACCCCAACAUUCCUGUCCAUCCCACCCUUGUCCUUCUUGCCUUGCCUGGGAAGGUCUCAGGCCUCCCAAUGAUUAGGAGCCCUGUGAUGUUACUGGGACCCUGGUUGUGAGGAAGCUUCUUAUCAUGGAAAAUGUGCUUAGCACCCCACUUCAGACAUUCCAGUUCAAUGCAAGAAGGUCAGUGGUGGAGAGGGUGCGGCUGCCCCAUGCAAGGAUGUCUGUGGGGUGGGGGGAAGCUGGCAUGCACUGCCCCUCACUCCCAUUCAUGUUUCCGUUCCCUCUUCAAGCAUCAUGCUUCAAGCAGGGCUCUAAUCUCUUUUCCCAUCUGGCAAGCUUCUUUCUGUAGGAACCAGAAUGCUGUUGACUAGCAUCACAUUCACAAAGCUACCUCCCCAUCCGCUUUGUCUAAUUUUUCUGGCCCCUAUGCAAAUGGGACUGUCAUGUUUGAAGAGUGUGAGUUCCAGUGGUGAGAGUUAUGAGGUUAGUUCCUGCCUGGGCUGAGCUUCAGACAGUUCUGCUUUUCUUUGUGCUAAAUCUCGCCUUGAGGGCUCUGAACAUGUGAUACAAAUAAAGGGAAUGGAUUGAUGACAGUUACCAUUCUCGUCUCUGGGUGAUUCCUCUUGUCAAGUUUUCUGCACAGUGGAAGUUAUGUCAGACUUCUAGACUGCAGUCCUACACACACUUAUUUGAGACAUAGUCAGUGGGGCUUACUUCUGCCUAUACAUGAACAGGAUUGCACCACAGAGUUCUUGUGCUUUUCCAUGAACAAGGUGGGCUCCAUUAAAAACAAAGUAGACCUUUUAAAAGCAUGCUUAAGCACAAGCACUUAAGAUCGGUGAAUUCCUCUACACCAGGCAUGUCCAAAGUCCAUUUCGGGGGCCCACUGGUCAAUUUAAUCCGGCCCCCAUGACAGUAUAUGUCCUGGGGUAAAAUCCUAAAAAAAGCACAACAACUUUGGUCAGCCCUCGCGCAUGUUCACUUCAUCAAAUCUGGCCCUCUUUGGGCAUCCCUGCUCUACACAGAAUGCCCUUUCACCCUGGCAUUGUGAUGACACACCAGGGCAUUUGUCCCAGACAUAAAAGCUUUUUGCAGCAUGGUGGUGCACAAUUUGUCCCAGUUUAGUUAUUUUGGUAUUAUUUAUUUCUUUUGGUAUUAUUUAUUUUAAAACAUUUCUUUGUUGCUUUUCUGGACAAAGACCCUCCAAAGUGCUUUGCAACAAUAAAACAACACUAAAAUAAGUGUUACCAGUACACUUCAAAACAAUAAAACUCAUUCAUAUCCUCCACAACAUAAUCCAGUCCAGCAAAUGGGACAAAAAUUACUUGAGGGAAGACCACUCGAACUGCAUAAAUCUUUUGGGGGUCCCCAAAAGCCUCAAAAAGCUGCCACACAAAAGGCCUUGUCUCUGGGUACCACCUCACAGACCUAGGGUGUGUGUGUGUGUGUGUGUGUGAACACAAGAGGGCCUCUGGUUGAGAUCUCAGUGUCUGGGGAGGGUGAUAUAUUGUUUAGUAGGUGCAGUAGAUGCUGCUGGGCCAGCAAGUCCUACUUUCAUAUACCAAUUUGUGAAUAGUCAGGUGAGGCAGAUAGAGCUGUUCAAAAAUAAGAGGCGUGUAAGACCAGUGUAAAACCAAACAGCCUCCUGCCAAUCUAGCAGUUCGAAAGCACGUCAAAGUGCAAGUAGAUAAAUAGGUACCGCUCCGGCGGGAAGGUAAACGGCGUUUCCGUGCGCUGCUCUGGUUCGCCAGAAGCGGCUUAGUCAUGCUGGCCACAUGACUGGCUGUACGCCGGCUCCCUCGGCCAAUAAAGCGAGAUGAGCGCUGCAACCCCAGAGUCGGUCACGACUGGACCUAAUGGUCAGGGGUCCCUUUACCUUUACCUUAAGACCAAAAAGCACAUCAUGAGGCAAUAAUAAUUAGAACUUCCAAUUCAUUUUCUUUUUAAAAAAGUUGUUACUCACCUGGGGGUGAGGGUUGUUAGGGUUUUGUUUCUGUUUUUAUGAUCACUAGUAAGUGAUACUUAAUGCUUUUCCUAAUCAAAAUCCUAUUUUCCCCACCCCAUCCCAGUUGUAGCUCAGAAAAAAAGGGCAAUUUCUCCCAGCUGCAUUUCAAUGAAAGCAGGCACACACAUUGUGGGAUCCAAUUUCUGAUUUCCUGCAUAUUUGUAGUUUAGACCUUUAGGAGAUGCAAAAUCUGCAAUACAGGACAUUUGUUGUUUUCUGUGGUAGCAGUUCUUAAACUGUGCGUGGUCGACAAUGCAUCUUCUGAUUGAUCUAUGAUAGCUGGUUAAAAGAAUAGAGGAAAUGCCUAAGGUGUUUUCCAGAGUGAAAAAGUGCAAAUGCCAAAUUCAAAUCCAUUUCUUUCUUCACUCUGUUGCAGCAAUAUUUGAAUACGUAAACGGAAUGGAAAAAUGUUGCUAGGCUUCCACAUCCUACGAGCCGUUGAGACAUUUGUUGAGACAUCUUGUUUUAACUGACAAAUAUCUUAGACAUUAAGCACAUUUACUGUUGGCCCACAGAGAGCUGACAGAGUGUGAAUGUGGCCCUAAGGUCUAAAAGGUUGCUCCUGGUUUAAGGAAAAGAAUGAAAUUUAAGGUUCAUCCCUUUAUUCCUCCAUAGCUUUAUAUUUAAAAAAAUGAGUUGUUAGAGGUAAAUGAAUGGUUUGCUUACUGUUAUCCAAAUUUGCAAUAGGUGGUAGUUUUUCAGUAAUGUUGGUUUGAGUAUGCUGAUAUCAGUCUUAACUGCUCUUGCUUGUAGCUGUGGCACUGCAUUCUGAAGAUAUACCGUAUUUUUCGCCCUAUAGGACGCACUUUUUCCCCUCCUAAAAUGAAGGGGAAAUGUGUGUGCGUCCUAUGGGGCGAAUGCAGGCUUUCGCUGAAGCCUGGAGAGCGAGAGGGGUCGGUGCGCACCGACCCCUCUUGCUCUCCAGGCUUCAGGAAGCUCUGCGCAGCCCUCGGGAGCCCGGCGCGAAGUUGCGCUGGGCUCCUGACGGCUGCGCGGAGGUGCCUGCAGCCCCGGGCUUCGCGCAGCUCCGCGCAGCCAUCCGGAGCCCGGCGCGAAGUCGCGCUGGGCUCCCGACGGCUGCGCAGAGGUGCCUGCAUUCCGAAGCCUGGGACGCGCUGAAGAGCGCGCCCGGGCUUCGCGCACCUCUCUGCAAGCCUGGGGUGACCGGCGCGACUUCGCGCCGGGCUCCCGAGGCUUGCGGAUAGCAGGCUGUUCUGGGGUCGGGGGAAGCUCGGGCUUCCCCCGCGCCAGCCCCGCGCCUGGGGGGGAAAUAUAUUUUUUUUCUUUAUUUCCCCCCCCCCCAAAAAAACCUAGGUGCGUCCGAUGGGGCGGUGCGCCCUAUGGGGCGAAAAAUAUGGUAUUAUCAACUUCAGCCUAGAGAAUUCAUGUAAUACAUGUUGUUUAACAUAUGUACUAAAAUGACUGAGAUAUUGUCUGUCUGUCUCUCUCUUUAUGUGUGUGUGUGUUUGUUUAAAAUACUUUGAACAUUCUUAAGGCUAGAGAAUACUGUUCACUACUCAGAAUCUAAGCGGUAUUUUACUGAGUACAUAAAUCCUUCCAUGAACAGGGCCUUUGUCCUGAGAAGUAUAGGGGCAAAACUAUUAAGGGGAGGGGCAGGAUAUUUUUAACACACUUCUUUGUAGUUGUCUGUGGAAGAGAAGUGGCUUUCCUCCCCAGCAGGUUUUGGGGUUGUAGAGAGCAGGAAAGCUUGGCUAUUUAUUCCCUAGCUCUUUCUUCAUGGUUGAUCUGACCUCCUGGGCUCUGAGGGAGUAUCCUGUACCAGAUGCUGUCAAAAUAUUCUGCGUUGUUACAUGAAACUAAGGACAGGCCUGGGACUUGGUGUGUGCAAAGAGGAGUUUUACAUGCAAAUCUAACCCAGAUGCCCUCUCCUGGGAGGUAUAAGCGAGGAGGCAGUGGUGCUGUGAAUGUUGUGCAAUUUCUGUUCCUUUUAAAUGGGAACAGUCUUCCCCUUGCAAUCGCAGACAUGUGUCGAGGUUAAGCAUGUUGUAACCCAGGGCUGCUUCCAGACUGGGAGUUCCUAGAGCUACUAAGCAUUGCUCUUCUGCUGCGAGCUACAAGUGGAACGGCAAUCGAUUUCUAUGCUAUUGGAAAUACGACACUUUUUUGUGUCUGUAUCUUGCUGCGUUUCAUCCAUACUGUUGACCAUGACAUAGCCCCGUGGGUGAAGAGGGAGAAAGUCCAGUUCCCCUGAGUGGCCCUUUAAAAACAAAUAAACCCUGAGAAAUCCAUUAAACUCAAUUUUUAAAUCAGCACCAAAAUACUUAUUCAUUUAUCACUUGCUAGCUAUUUUCAUGGAAGCAGUUUUUAAAACAUAUUUUCUAUAUAUUUCUAUAUUUUAAAUAUAAAUAUAUGGAAAAGCAUUUUAGCACCAACAUGUAGUUAAGUUUCUGAAGUUUAUGCUACAUGUAUGUUUCCAUUGCAAACAUUGUGUGUUUAGGUACAUAGAAAUGAAAUGACAUAGAGCUAGGUCAGUUCUGAAAUUUGUAUUGAGCACAAAAUUCAAUGUCCUGAGGAUCUUGGCUCAAAAAAUGCAAAUACCUUUUUCUCAAGGCUUGAAACUGUUUGGCAGUACACCGUGAAUGCCUAAGAACCUACAUGGGGGCUUUGCAGAACUUUCAGUGGUCAGGAAAAGGUGCUUCAGUGCUGUGUAUAACUCCUUCCCUUCUUAAUGGUUGCAAGAAGCAAAAUCAUUUGCAAACGGUGCUAGUUUUUGCCAUUUUGCUCAAUUUGUAUCACUUGGGUGACAUGAUUCAGCAGCUGUUUGCAUUAAAAAUGCAAGCUGAUCAAAACUCAUUGUGAAGAAUAAGAGAAAUGUGCAUGUCCGCUCCAAAGAUCAUAAUAUAAACAAGAUUGGAAACAGACUUUUCUGGAAGAGUUGUCUUCAUGGUGCAAGGCAGAAUGGAUUAAGAGGAUCGGGUUGGGUGGGGGGAAGAAAACUGAAGUCGGAGAGACACAUUGGCAGUUUUAAGAAGAUGGCCAUGCAAGAAAAUUUUGCUCUCUUAUAAGAGAAUGUCCCUUGUAAAGACACUCUUGAGUUGUCCAGUCAUUUCUAAACAUUGUUAGCAUAGAUCAGGCAACCCCAAACUCAGCCCUCCAGCUGUUUUGGGACUACAACUCCCAUGAUCCCUGACCACUGGUCCUGUUAGCUAGGGAUAAUGGGAGUUGUAGUCCCAAAACAGCUGGAGGGCCGAGUUUGGGGGUUCAUGGCAUAGCUGCUCCAGGUCCAGUUACCUAAUAAAGUAAAUAUAGCCCAAUACUGAUGUGUGGAAAACCUUUAAUGUAGCCCUAUCCAGUGGAAGAACAAAAUUCAGAAGUCUAGCACUAGAAGCAAGACAGGCUAUGCCUCUUAUGCAACCAUCCCAGAUUAUGCUAGUAUCUGCCAUUCCUGUUUCCCAGCCUACAUUUGGGAUGAUAAUAGCUCUUCCCAUGAUAAAUGGGACCCUGAAGCCUCAUCAUUUGUGCCUUGUCUAAUCUAUAUUUCAUGGUAAUAGUCCCCUGGUCAUGGACAUUAUGGCUUAAAUAGCCUCUUCCUUGAUCUUCUUACAUGUUGAAUUAUGCCCAGGGAAGAUGGAGCAUUUGUUUAAAGGACCUGGCUGGUUCUUGAAGUGUAUGGUUCUCUUAUGAGUUGCAGUGAAUCUGUUGUCUUGCUGUACAACCUCUAUUUUAGUAUCCUUAGGAGAAUACUUCAUAGCCUUGACUAAUCCAGGCAAAGAUUUGGAAAUGUACAGUGAUUCAAUAAUAUUAGCUGUUCUGACUCCAGCUGUCCCUUAUAUCACAAUUUGUCCUUACAUUUGACAUGAAGUGUGACACCGGGGAGUGGCAUUCCCCUUUGGGGGAAUUCUGUUCCAAUUCGUACAAAUGAUACAAAUGUGGUUCUGCAUGCAACUGGUGCAUUUGAUAAUGGUAACUCAGACACUGUAUUUGAAGUUGGGAGUGUGAGCCCUGGCGACGGCAGUGCAGAAAAGUCCAGGGCCCUGUUCCAAAUACAGCAGGACUGGCUUACCACAGUUUGAAGUAAGUGAAGUAAUUCACAAAUCCAUCUAAAGAGGGGCACCCCCACCCCACCCCAUAAGACUUUUAAGUCCAAAGUCCCAAGUUACCUAACUGUACCACUGAAUGUGCUUUAUAGCUGCUUUAUAGAUUGCAGAAGCUGCCCUGAGUGCCUACUUCAGAAUUUCUCCACUUUUUAUAGUCUGUGUUAAUUAGAAGCAUUUGUGAGUAUAAUGCCCUGUGGAAAGUAGACUGCUGAAUCCAUAUGAAUCAAUGCCUUUCCCUAAGGUUUUGAAAAUAUCCUGAAAGAGAGAUCUUCUGAGGCCUUCUGUUCCAUAAGGCAGUGCCAGUACAGUGGUACCUUGGUUUAAGAGCAGUUUAGUGAACAACUUGGAUUAAGAAUGCUGCAAACCCGGAAGUAGGUGUUUUGGUUUGUGAACUUUGCCUUGGAAGGAGAACAUGUUUUGCUUCCUGUUGAGUGUGUUCCAUUUGUAAAUUGAGUCCCUGGCUGCUAUAGGAAAGCAUGCCUUGGUUUAAGAACGCUUUGGUUUAAGAAGGGACUUAUAGAACGGAUUAAGUUUGUAAACCAAGGUACCACUGUAUAGGAUCGAUCAGGGUUAGUAUUAUUCGGCCUUCAAGGACACCCAUAAGCAGAGGCCUCCAACAAGCCCCCUAGUGUAAAACUGGCAGGGGUAAUUCAAAACAAAACACUAAUUUCCUUCUUUUGUAUCCAGCUCCACCCCCUCCCCCAAACUGUGUACAUUUGUUUCUGUUUGAAAUUUGAAUCCCUACAUAAAGUCUUGCCUUACUCCGCCCUGUCCAGGGGCCUGCCUUUUGGAGUAGUGGUUGUAGAGGUCUGCAGGCCAGUAAUGGCAAAAUGAUGCCGAUUUUCUACAGCCGGUUUUAAUGAGGAGAAUGUCUUUUAUUCUUGCUGCUAAUGGAAAGGCUUCCCUCAUUUGGGCGAAGUCCAAAAUAUUUAUCCAUUUAUAAUAAAAAAAAUUGUAUACUGCAAUUUCAUAACAUCAAAGCAGUCUACAUGUAUUACAAUGCAAUAAAAACCACACAAAAAUUAAAACAGAUCGCCACCUGACUUUUAUGGAAAACAUGUUUCUUAAUUGUCUGCUUAAGCCUAGUGGCUUGAUGUAGGAAAUUGUCUCUUUCAAUCCUAGUUAUUUGAUACAGCUGGAAAUGUGGGAUUGUUUCCUUCACAGAGUAAUAGCUGCUAGAGCGUAUCAAAACCCCUCCUCCUACUUGCAUGGAGACAUGCUAGGAGCAUAUAGAGUACCCUACCAGGUACCUGCUCAUGGGAGGAGAGAGGUUUCUAAUUUAUGUUUAAAUUGCAGUCCUGAAAGUUAGUACUGUAUGGUUUAUUAACAAAGUCUUCCUUGCUUGCUGACUUCUAUAUCAGCAUAAUGCCUUGUUGAAAAGCGCUUGGUUCCUUGAAAAGUGAUAAAAGAUAAGGCUGACUCUUACCAAAUAAGGAAUUCGUGACUCCAGACUAGAUGGAAAUUCACAAACACACUGAAAAAUAUCCAAAAGUAUGCUUUGGCAUUCCCUGUACAUAGCUAUGUCUGCCACUGAAAGGUCUAAUUUUCGUUCCCAUAAAGUUGAACAUUAGCUAGAUUUUGUAUUGCAGAUAUAUCAAGAGAAGCAUGGUCAGCACAAUUCCCCGUGUCAUUAUCCUCCAUAGUGUGGAUUGGUUUCCUUCUGUUUCACUUUCUCUGUGUGCUUGUGAUGAGAUGGGAAGGUGUGAUGGAGAGGGGAAAUAAAAGCACAUGGUCUACUGAGCCAUAUUCAUUGCUCCGGCAUGAUGCAACCCAUGCUUAUUUCUAGACUCUGCCUUCAUUAUGUAUGCUCUUAGCAAAAGUGCUUGAAAGUCCGGGCUCUCUCUCGAUACUUCCACUACCCAUUUCUUUGAUGAAGUCAGAAAUGGCUUCCUACAGGCACUUUCAGGAUAGCACUAAUGCUCUUACAGAAGAGCUAAUGGUCUCUCUCAAGCUGAGUAGCAAGAAAAAGCAUUUGCUGAUUGAGUCUGAUAGGCUCAGGCUUUUCUCCAAUUACUUGGGCUUUCUAUCCAUGUCAAUUAGGUACUUAACUUUGAAAUUGUUCUAGACUGUGCUUCUCUGCUUCCUAAGUUUCUAGUUCUCAACAGCUGCAGAAUAAAACAGGGAAAUGAGCAGCUUAUGUUGAUAACAAGAGUCCCCAAGUUAUCCUAUCUGUUCUGACUAAUGCAAGAAAACCCUCUGAUCUGACUGGAAAGCAAAGGAAGGGAGACGUCCUCCAUGGUGGAUCGUGAAACAGUGAGCCGAAGCUCUUAAUAAACUCACUCACAACUCAGGCUGUUCAUUACUGGCGGGCAGUUGCUAGGCACAGCGCUGUACUAGCCGUAUGUGAGAAAGAAUCUGAUCUCUGUUUUUAGCAGGGAUAGUUUUAGGAUGCAUUCUGCUGUCAAAAACAAGAUUAGGACAGAGUCUGGGCUGACAGGGAAAUAAGAGGACAGAAUCCUCUCUGUGGGGAAUCUUCCUGGAUCAGACAUUUCAAUGUAGCGAGGCUGCCAAGGAGGUGGGGAAGGGGGAAAGCUCCUUCUUGGCCUCAGGGCUGUGGCUUUCACUCUUAAGACUAGAGCCCAUUUGUGCUUUGGAUGCCAGCCCAAUUGGUUCCCCUCUCUAUAAAUGUUGGCUUUUGCUGAUGGAGCUAAACAGCCAGGCCAUUGUGUGUGUGUCGGGGCCAUUGGAGAAACUGCCCAAGUGGUGUUUUGUAUAGUGUGUCAGUGUGUGUUCCCUUUUUGGGUUGUCUCAUUCCCUCCUCCUGCUGCCGAGACUCGGUUGUCAUGGCAAUCAUGUCAUGGGGACUGCUGCUUUUCCAUCCUGGAGGCACAGAAAGGCUCAUAUGUAGCCUACCCAAGGGAGCAGCCCCACCGUUUCUGAACAUCCUUUGCAAAGUGGACGUGGGCUUGUUGGCACAUGGUAAACCUCUCGCUAGAGGUUGCCGUCUUGUGACUGUCAGUGUCAGACAUACCCGAUGCCACCACACUCAUGGGCUUGACUAGAGCCCCAGAUGGCAAUGUAUGCCUCUUCCACAAAGCAUCAGAUCUGGUGUUCUUGGCAACUUACCUGGCUCUGAGGAGAGGAGGCUGAACACAGGUUUGCACAAAUAGCAUCUCACUGAGGAAAGUUUCCAUGCCUCUCACCCAGUUGUUCAAAGAGUGUCUCUGUUGGUGGAAAUACCAAAAUGAAAAUUUGCCAUUAUAUAAUAAUAAUAAUGGAAAUCAAGUUUCUUUAGAAAUAAAAAACUAUUCGGAACAGAGGAAGUGGCUUGUUAGCAUCAGCAAUUUCAAGAGAUGAUAGAUGAUGCAUCGCUUGAUGAUUCGGGUGCUAAAAGGUCAAAAAAGCAAUUGCUGCCAGGACGGCUCAUCUGGGUUUUGGUUUCAUGCAUUCUAGUUUUAUAGGUCAGGAAUAUGACAUUGCCAAGAAUUCUUCUCUGGUGAAGCAGACAGUGCUUCUGCCUAACAACCAUAUACUAUGUGUUUGUUUUGUUGGUACACAGUUGCAAGACUGCAUGAAAGGUGAGCUGAUAAUUGCAGGACUCAAAAGUUUAGAGUGACACUAAAUUGGUGAUGCUCCACCCCAUGGAGGUGCUUGUCAGUCAGGUGCCUACCUUUGCCAAUGAGAGGUUGCUUUUUGAAGUUGGGCUUGGAUAACUUCAGUUGCUGUGGGCCAGGCAACAAGCUUAGUGCAAAGCUUUCCUCGCUUGAUCUUCAUGGAAGUGUUGUAGCUCAGUGGUAGAACUCAUGCUUAGCAUGCAGAGGGUCCCAGGUUCAAUCCCUGGCGUCUCCAGCUAGGGCUGGGAAAGGCUCCUGCCCAAUAUCCUGGAGGGCCACUAUCAGUCACAGUCAGUCAGCUUCCUAUGACAAUGAGAUACCUCUCUAAUUCUGGCCUUUUCUAAUUCCUAUUGAGUGCUAACAAGUGGGUUUUGAAGUCUUUGGAAGACACCCUUUGGGGUUUUGUGUCAGACCCUGAAGCUGAGAGAGCCGUCUGCAUGUACAUGAUUGAGAUUGGGUUGAGGCUGAGGCCCCAACACCCUCUUGUGGGCAAUGCUUAGAAGACCUUUAAAUCCCACCGCAUCUCCUCACCAUUUCUUAAUGAAGAGGUAAUGGCAGAUGGCUCCACAGCAAGGGUGUUAAAGCAAGUCCUGGCAUGACCCUCGUUUUUGUCUAAUACUUCCAGCCCACGUACAGCAGGGUUAAGCUAGCCAGUUGGUGAAAUACCAGUUUAUUUCCCCCUCCUGCUAGGAAAAAGGGACAGCAGCUUGGCCAAAGGGCUUGGAGUGGAAUGAGCCGUCAAUGGGUCUUUUCUAAUGCGGAUUUGUGAGGUCCUUGUAUUGGAUGAAUAAAGCCUAUUGUGCCUGUGGCGCUCUUGUGUUCACCAAGCUAUGACAUAACAGCUCAGAAGGGUGACACCUGCCAGGUCAUGUUAGUGCUAUUACCAGUCACCUUGUGACUCAUUAAGCCUGGGUUACAUGGAGUAAUAGCUUAGCUGCUUCCAUCUCUCUAAUGCAAAGCUGCCAGUUCUUCUAGGUGCAGGUGGUGUAGGGUGGUGAACGCUCUGGGAUGGCGGGGUGGGUUGAGGUAAAGGGGGGGCAUUAAACAGCCUUUUGAGACAGCCUUAUCCUACUGGAUAUGUUCCCCACUCUCAGAGCCAAAGCCGGCCUUCAUCAACCUGCUGCCCUUUGACUCUAAGCCAUUAUUGAUUUUAUGAUUAACAGCCCAUCAUGGAGAUGAUUUCCUAGCAGCUACAACCUUCCUAGUGAACAGCUCGAAAGACCACAACCUGUUGAAUUAGAUUCAUUUUGUCAAAGGUCUUUUGGAUCCCCAGCAGGACUUUCUGACAUUAUUUUAUUUUGGCACAGUAGGCCUCACCCCGAUCCGGAACCCCACCCCAUUCCAUAUCACAAAUGGAUUUUGAAACUCCCCUGAAUUUUGUAAGUGGCUUCUGUGUGGUGCUAGCUUUUGAAGUUCCAGGAAACAAAAGUCCAGAGCCUUGGUUCUGAGCACAAACACCGCAUGGUCAAAGCUGAGCAGGAUCUGUACAAGUAGCAGAUGUAGGAAGGAGCUGCUUUGUUCCCUUUUGGGCACCAGAAUGCAAGGCAGUUUUUGUUGUCUCGUUUCCUUUUGCUCUCCCGAGUGCCACGGACAGGAUGGGAUGUUUUAAUUCUCCCCUCUUUCCCACACCCCCUUUCCUGGAGUCCAUGAUAGAAAAUACUGAUUUCCCCUUCCCUGAGAUAACACAUGAAUCACUCUAUCUAUCUUGUCUACAUUUUGAUCUUUGCAUAGCAGUGUAACAGAUGCAUUUCAAGGCCUUUAGCCCUUCUGUUAAAAAUUCCUCCUUUCUGCAUGCACCUCUUCUGUGUGUACACCCGUGUGCAGCUAUAUAUAACAUGUCAACUGAGAUUAACGUUUCAUGUCUCUAGUAGCCCCUGAAAGCUGAUAAGUCUUUCAGGUUCCACAGGACUCUGUUUUGGGUUUUUUAAAAAAUAGCAAAUUGGCUAGUCCACAUUACUAACAUAGUGCCAAGCUUAUAUAUGGCACUUUGUUAACUGCUUAGAGGUUUGUUUUGUUUUGUUUUGCACGGAAAUUAGUCAAUACAUUCUCUGUUUUUAGAUCUUAUAAUGAUUUAUGCUGAAAUUGUUCAGUUAUGGUUGUGUACUUUUUGAUAUGUUUUCCUUAUUGUUUAUGACUACUUUUGUUUGUAAUCAUGUAAAUCAUUUCACGUUGUAAGCCACCUUGAGCAUGAUUUUAACUGUGGAAAGGCAGCAUGCAGAUUAAACUACAGUGUUGUUGAUGAUAUAUUUCAGAAUUUGUACACUAGGGAUGCACCAUGAGAAUCUGUUUACUUGGAUUCAAUCAAUAUUAAUUUUAAUAUGCCCCAAAUCCUCUGUGGUGUUUGUGCCCUGGAAUAGCUACUGGAUGUGACAUCUCACUCCCUAAUGAAUUCUUUAGUGUUGCUGCAGAAUUGGUUGAUGCACAUACCUCUUGUUGCCUGGACGGAGAGAGUUGUGUGUCUGACCACACCCAGUUUUGUCACUCAUACCAUGGAUAUGCAGCCUCAGGAAGGUUGCCCAUGAAGGAGUUGUUAUUAUUAUGUUUAUCAUUGUUAUUUAUCUGUCAGUGUCACCCUGACAGGUCGGUGACAAUAAUUAAAGCACAGUGUUUAAAAACUUCCAAUCAAAGAAAGAAGAUGGGUCCUAAGUAUAUACAUCUCAGGUGUCAACAACCAGGGUUUAUCAGACUUUCGGCUGAUAAGUGUUCCCCAUCCCUGGCUUGCGAAAUAAAGGGAACUUGUCCUCACUCCUCCCCCUCCAUUUUCUCUCCAGGAUCCGUCCUCAGAUGCCAAAGGAGAAGAUAGAAGGAUGCCACAUCUGCACAUCAGUGACACCUGGCGAACCCCAGGUGCUCCUGGGAAAGGACAAAGCCUUUACCUACGACUUUGUCUUCGACCUGGAUACGUGGCAGGAACAAAUCUACACAACCUGUGUGAGCAAACUCAUCGAGGGCUGCUUCGAGGGGUACAACGCGACUGUGUUGGCAUAUGGCCAGGUAGGUGGCUCCUUUACUGUCUUCACAGUCUCUGCCAGGAGCUGUUCAGAGUAUUUGUUGCCUUUUCAGGUUUAUCAUCUUAAUUUAGCAUGGAACAGUCUUUGUCUGAAAGAGGAAAAACAUAGGGAACAACCACUAUUAGUGGUUGGUUGACUUUUUUUGGUCGUUGUUACUAGGAAACAGAACUUUGACAGGCUCCCGAAGCUACUUUCAUGCUGUUCUUUUUUUGCAAAUGACUAUUUGAUUGGAGUACAUCUGUGGAGUGCUAGAGACAGUGGUGACAAUGGGGCUGUGGGAAGAGGACACAGCAGAUACCUGGGGGAAAGCAAGGUUGUAUUUCCAUGUGCAGUGCUUGCCAUGAAUGGAUCACACAUGGAUCAUGAUUGUUGUCUGCAUUGCUGAUAGUUAAGGGAAAAGCUGAAUUUAUUCUGGGGGUCAGAUUAUGGCUGUGUAUACACCAAACAAGCUUCCACCCAAAGAAUUCUGGGAGCUGAAGUUUGUUAGGGGUACUGGGAGUGGUAGCUCCCUGGGGGUAAACUAUAGUUCCCAUGAUUCUUUGAAGGGGACCAUGUGCUUUUACUGUAUGGUGGUUACUAAGCCUCUGUGCACUUAGAUCUUUUCCUCCUUUCAAACUCAAGGUGGGGUUCCCAGGUAGCCUGCCAUCCAAGCACAGACCAGCAAAGUUGCUGCAUCACAUGCCUUCAUACUGUACUCUAGAAUUUGGUGGGUGCACAUCUAAACCUCUUCAAAACCCUGCAGGUGCUUCCUGAGGCCAAAUUGCCCAAAGAUGGAACCACGUUUUUAUGUUUGUGAAAUAAUUGCUUCAAAGAUGGUGGUGGCUUGAGGGGAGGUGGUAGUGGGGAAAUGUUUUUGGGGGAAGGGUUGAUACUUUGCAUUAUAAACUAAUUUCUUUUCUUUUUUUAAAUGAUAUUUAUUGAAAAUUUUUUGAAUUACAAAGAAAAAACAAAGCAGAAAAAGAAAAAAGAAAAAACAAAGAAAAAGCAAACCACAUCAAACAAUACAAAUUCAAAAAACAAAAAUACACCGCAAACACAAAAAUAAAUCCAUCAUUCUCAAGUCCUCAACUCUCAUUGACCUCCUCCUCCUCCCUUUUUUUGUAUCCUAGUUAAUAAUUAUCGCAGCAAAUCCUUUCCAUAUUUCAUAAUAUUCUGUCAUUACAUUACCUUAAUUUAUUUUCAUCUUAUCUUAUAAAAAACCUUAAAAACUUAAAACUUAAAUCUUAUUUUUACCGACUUCUCAAACCACAAUAUUCUUACCUAAUUCUUUAAACAUUUUUGCUAGAGCCAAGUAAUUUCGUUCCAACAUUUUUCUAACAUUCAUCAAUUUUAUAAAACAAUCCUGGUAAUAAAAAAAAAGAAAUAAAAACAAUCCAAUCUUCAUCCAGCGUCCCUUCCUCCUGGUCCCGGGUUUUGUCAGUCCUUUUUAUCCCUUUGAUCUAGCGCAUUAACCUGGUAACCUUAUAUCCGAGGCCCUUAAAUCUCUUCCAUGUCCCUUCCACGGCUCUUCUUCAUAUUCUCCUUUCACUCGUGGGAACUCCAGCUUGGUGAUGUUUUUGACCCUUUUCAACAAAUCAGCCCCUUUUCUAUAGUCCAGACUCAACUCCAUGUGGUAUUUAGAAACAUGUUUCAGAAUCCCUCCAAAAUUGAGAGCCCCCACAGCUCCAAACAUCUCACGGCCCGUUGCCAGACUCGGAAAGUCCAAACAUCCCUGCAUAGGGGGGUCUAUCCAACCCCCCAUUUCCAAACCAAUCCAAACUUUAUCUUUCCAAAUCUGGCUUUUUCCAAGUUCAUUUGUCAAAUCCAAAAGCUCAUGUUCCUGCAAGGCCGCAGCUCCCUCCAUCUCUGGCGCCCAAGAUUCAGCAACAUCCUCUUCUCUCAUCUGCUCUGUCAGGACACACUCCUGAUCUAAUUCCUGGGUGGGCUCCACAUAGUUUCCCACUGCCUGUUCAAAAAUUCUGACCGCAUUAGUCAUCAAAUCCAUCUUCUCAUUUAACUGUUCCAGUAGGGCACUUAUUUUACAGAGAGCACACAACAGAGCCUCUGAAUACAUUGUCCUACAAGGUCACAAGUCCAUUCCCACCAUUGUAAUCUGUGACAGCUGCAAGCUCCCUGGAAUUAAUUACAGUUUCACAGUCUCCCUCUAGGGGGAGAACUUCUAUUUGUUCUUGCAACAAAGUAUCCUUUUUGAGAUAUUUUGUCAAUAUUUGUUCCUUUAAAAUGCGAAAGGAAACAGUGGAAUCACUAUGUUUCUCUUCUUUUAACUAUCUGUCAAAAACGUUUGUCUCUGGUCAAUGAGCUUCAAACGUCAGUCCUGACACCCCGCUCCAGGAUCAGGACGGUGGAAAGUUACUUUACUUUAAACUCACUUCUGCAGGUUUAAACAGUCCAAAAAAGAUCCCCCUUCUCCUGCUGCCGAAGGGGGGUUCAACAAUUUUAAAUGAUGAAAGCCAAUCCUUUAGAAGCGAUUUUCUGAGCUCUAGCUUACGUUGUCUUUGCUUUAUUCUGUCUACAAAGAAACGGAAGGCUGACUUCCUGUUUAGACCUUCCCGUUUCAGUACCAAAUUGAAGUAAAUUUUUAAGUCCAAUUCCUUUCUGCUCGUAAGUCCUUAUUUAAAGUCUGAUUGUUCAAAGUCCAAGUACUCACGGGUGCUUAUUUUAGAAGCCAAAUUGUCCCAGGAAAAAGGCAGCGCUCUCCGGCAACGGCUAUGCGGCUUCGCUCCACGGAAAUAGCAGUUGACUCACAGCACCGCGCCACUUCCCCCUCUUCACUUCGGAGCCCGUUAGUGGGUUCCUCUGCGGGUUGGAGGGGCGCUAAGGGUGCCCGCCGAGUCCCAUGGUCACAGGCUUCAUCCGCCUGUGAUUUUUAACAGGAUCCCCGCUUCGCCGUAGCGGAAAAGACCCGUUUCACGCAGAGCUAGUCCCUCCAGUUCAGAGGGAGUCCGCCAUUGCCGAUGGCGCCACCCCGGAAGUCUCCUAAUUUCUUAAACCUUCAGAAAAGGUGAAACCCACUUCAGACACUUGCUUAGAGAAGCAGAACAAGCCAGUGGGUUAGUGGAAGGUGGUACAAUGGGAUUUUCCCGCACGUUACUCUGUUCUCUCCCCAAAUCUGCUGCUGGGGUGGGGGGUGGGGAGAUCCAUUAGAACAACAUGCAGGAGAAGAAGAGCCUGUUCCAUUGCACAAGCAGAAAUGCUUGCACUGAUGGGAAAAUCUCUUUAGUGCUACAUUGAAAAAGGCAAAAGAUUUAUAUGAUCUGAAGAGAGACCAGAGUGCUAAAUUAAAUACAACCCAAUGUAUUGGUAUGACUUGAAGAACCACACUGGGGCUUUCCCAAGAUUUUUUUGCCAGUAACCCCGCAAGUUUCUCCAGUAUUUAGCGGCUGAAGGCUGUCUUGGUCAUAGAUAUUUAUUAAGAGUGACAUAUGCUGCAUCUGAACAGCUGGAACAGAGGUUUUCUCCAGAGGCAUGAAUAUUAAUAGCAGCAAAAUAGAUCUUCUGACUGCAAUUUUUAAAAUUGACCUUAAUUCUGUAAGGUUGGUGCAUUCACAUACAGUGAGUGCCUUCUAUCACCUUUUAGAGACCCAUUGAUAACAAAACAAAGGGCUGCUUCACAAAAUUGUGUUUUGUUUUGUUUUGUUUUGUUUUGUUUUGUUUUUAAAUGUGGAGAUCGCUUGAAGAUGUCAGCCUCAGAGGUUUUGUCUUGUGUAAUGAGUGAGGAAAUAGAUAAGCAUACUGUGUUUGUGUUGCUUGAUCCCUCUGGGAAGCUGAGCAGAUUGAGCCCAAUGGGAGAUGGUCAACAAAUGAGCAGUGGUGACAGCGGGGAGGAGGAGGAGGAGGGCCCACACAUGGGGUUGCCACACUGAAGGUAUCUUGCCCAAGGACACUGCAAUACCUGGAGUCAAUGCUGAUGAUGACAAAAAGCUAGCUGGUAGCUGGUGGACACACCCAAUUCAUUAGUGCAGUGGUUCAGGCUACCAUUUGCAUCAGAAUUAUGCCAACCUUGAGAAGGUAAGAAGAGUCUGCUGGAUCAGGUCAGUGGCCCAUUUGGUUCAGCUUCCACAGUGGCCAACCAGAUGCCUGUGGGAAAACCACAAGCAGGACCUGAGUGCAACAGUGCUGCCCAACUUGUGAUUCCUAGUGACUGGCGUUCAGAGGCAGAUAAAAAAUAGCCAUCAUGACUAGUAGCCAUUGAUAUCCUUAUUUUCCAAGUUGACGGACAUUACUACCGCUUCUGGGAGCAAUUUGCAUAGUUAAACUAUGCACUAUAUGAAGAAGUACAGUACGAUCAUACAUUGUGUGGGGGUUACGUUCCAGAGAUGGCACAUACAUGCAAAGAUGUGUGUUCUUGAACUGCCCCUGCAGAGCUUCCCUACCUUUCUGAGAAAACUUUACCCCACUCCCCUUCCAAACAAGCCAAAGACCUUCUGCACUGGGGAAACCUGAUGCAGAAAGAGCUUUUAAACUCUCCACCUUGUGUGCAUUUAAUUUGCACAGUUUCAACUGGCAGGACUUCAGCCAUGCAAGGUUGAAAAUGAAAUGUCCUGCUGUCCAAGCCUUUUUCUUUCUCUCUUUGUCCUUCUUAAUUUAUUUUGUGCGCUUAUAUAUCCCACCUUUCCUCCAAGGAGGUCAUGGUGUUGUACAUGGUUCUCCCCACCUAUUUUAUCCUCAUAACAGCCCUGUGAGGUAGGUUAGGCAGAGAGAGAGUGACUGCCCUAAAGUCACCUAGUUAGCUUCAUGGUCAAGUGGGGACCAGAACCCCAGUGUCCUAGGUCUUAGUCCAACACUAUAACAUAUAGCAUAUUUUAGCCUGGGCAUUAUAUUCUGCUUUUAUAUCAUUUUUUCUGUUGGAUCAUUUCCUUUUCUUCCAUAUCAUAUUUCAUAGCCAUUUCAUAUCGCAUUGUUGUUGUGUUUAUCCCACUGUUGUUUCUCCCCACCCCUCCAACAAUCAUUGGCUGAGCCUUUGUUGGUUUGCACCCUUCUUCCAAGAGACACCACCUCAGGAGUGGCACUUUAGCUUCCCAAGAACCAUAUGAGGUGGGUGAGGCUGAGAAACAUUGGCUUGCUCAAGGCCACCCAGUGUGUUUCAUAGCUAUGUGAGGAUCUGGAGCUAGGUUUCCCACGUCGCAGCCCAUUGCCCUAGCCAUUGCACCACACUGGCUUUCACCACCCCCUUGGGAAAGGGUAGAAGAGAAUUUGAAAUGAACAAAUUAGGUGUAAGAAGAGUGCCUUGUAAACAAAAUAAAAUAAUUGCAAAUUAGCAUGGAAUACAAUGCUCACUUUAAUUUUACACUGAGUUACCUGCCAUGGUGAUAUUAUUUCCCUCUGCUCUGCAAUCGAUGUACGUGGACUCUAAGCCGCUGAAUAACCAGGUUAAGUAUUGGGAAUGGAGUGUCUGAACUGGAAUUAUAAAGUGCAAUGAAGGGUUUGUAAAGUUUCUGAGUGCUAUUCAACUUAAGUUUUACUCAGGUCCAUUCAUUUCGGUGGGUCUCCUCUGAGUAAAACUUGCUCAAGUACCUCCCUCUGUGUGGUGGGUUUAAGGAGCAGCAGAGCUGAGUAGUGGAGAGUCCCAGGGAAUCUUCUUCUUCUUCUUUGGCGAUCACUUGUAGCCGAGUGGAAGAUUGUCUUCCAUAAAAACGGUUUUAACAGUGAGUCCGUAAGUGACUGUGGAGGCUAAUUCUGGAUCCACACCUACUUCCACAGUGGGAACAUAGUUUUCUGGGCAGGAGUUGAUCAUAGUGAGGGUUUGCCAAGUGUGCCUUCCUCUUCGCAUGUUUCCCCCUUUCGUCCUGAGUUUGAGCAUCUUCAGAGCCCAUGACACCUUUGGUAAAGGCUGUUCUCCAAUUGGAGCACUCACAGGCCAGUGUUUCCCAGUUGUUGCUGUUUACAUUUUUUCACCACCUCACAGUGAAGCUGGGCUCUCAUAAAGCAUCUCUUCCGUUUACUUUUAGACAGGUGCAGGUAAGACAUACACCAUGGGAACCGGCUUUGACGUGAACAUUUCCGAAGAUGAGAAUGGCAUAAUUCCACGGGCCAUUACCCACCUAUUCUCUGGCAUAGAGGAGCGCAAGCGGGCAGCACAGGAACAGGGUGUGCCAGUACCAGAGUUUAAAGUCAGUGCACAGUUCUUGGAGGUAGGUGCGUUGGUGUCUAUAGCAAGAGGGGUGUGUGAGAAGGAGGGCAUAAGCUCACAUACAGGUAUGCCUGAGGCUACUGAAUGAAGUGGGCUUCUUUAAUUUCUGCAGCAGUUAAGUGCAGUGUGGGGGCACCAUUGAAUCAUCGGUGGUGGAUCUGGGUUAACAUACAAAUUACAGCACGGCUCAUGCCUGUACAUCCAAGAGUAAGUGAAGGAGAUUAAAUUUGAAUUUGCAUUUGAAAAUGAGGUGGCAUGAUGCUCCUUCACUCAGGGGCGGAACUUGGCACUUGCUUCCUUUUAUACCACCACUAUGCUAUCACGCACAGAAGACCCAUUAAAGACGUCGCUUGACCUUGACAAUGAGUAAACAUUUUCAUAGAGGAAAUGCAGCUGAUUCAUGCAUCAGUCAACAGAUCGCAAUAAUGAUGCAGAUCUGCUUGCUUUGUUCUGUCUGGGGAUGCAGCAGCCUCAGCCAACUUAAGAUUUCAUCUCUCUGGUAGGCUUGUCAGUGGUGAGAGGAGUGAAGAAUUCCAUGCAGCUUUUACAUUUAUUGCUCCAGACAAUUAUGAAUCUCCAGUUCUUCCAGUUUUUCUUCCUGUUACUAGCCCUGUUCCCCGUAAAAUUGCUGUGAUUCGAAUUCCUGUUAGAAGAGAAUUGAAGAUUUGCUGUUGACUACAGCACCAACCUCUCAUGCUGUAACCAACAGGGCCAAUCCUUAGCUAAAUGUCAAGCUCUGCUUUGAUCUUCAAGGCACACUGCAAGCCCAAAUACCCAUUUCUGUCAUUUUGUACCUGUGGAGCCCUUCAUGAAUCAAUGAACCUAGUAUCAAUUCCAACCCCCCCCCCCAUGUCUUUGUUCAGCUGUAUAACGAAGAGAUCCUCGACCUCUUUGAUAGCUCACGAGACCCUGAUUGCCGCCACCGGAAGUCAAACAUCAAAAUCCAUGAAGAUACGAGUGGUGGGAUCUACACCACAGGUGUCACAUCACGUCUCAUUGGCUCGCAGGACGAGGUACGUGGCCAACUCAUACAUUAGACCUCAGCUUUGUGUUUCAUGUUAAUUAGUAGCUACAAUGUCUUGAUUCCAUGUUCAAUGAAAGUCCUCUUUAGGCAUUCCUGAUUGUGGGAUUCUAAGCAUGUUCAGCCCAUUGGAUGGAGCCAACAGGAACAGGGACAUUGGGGGCAGGUUGGGUGGAGCCAGCAGAGACCUUGGAGGCAGUGCUGGUGUGUGCAGCUCUACUGGCACUCAACUGUUUAUGCCCUCCUGAGUUUUUUGAAUGCCCGGAGAGGGCUUAAGAUGACAGUCUCCACUUAAGCCAUCAUUAUGCGUCUAAUGUAAGUGAGUGGGUGUGUUGGUGUGCAUGUGGUGCAAAUCUUAUGAGGUGGCUAAAGAGUUCUAAGCUGUAAGUGAUCUUGAGUAUGUGCUGCAAGAAUAAGCCAUGGCUGUUUUCUUAUGGAAACUUUAUGAGAUGAGAAUUCCUUAGCUGUGUUUCAGGCUGCUGCUUAAUUGUAUCCUGAUCUCACUGCAGAUGCUACCAGUCUGCAUGGCAGAACUUAGUUGUUUGCGUGCUUUAUUUGGGUGGAGUCCAUAACAUAACCCACUUUUCAGCCAUGAGUCAGCGCUCUAAUUCUUAUGCAUUUUGCUUUUAAUAAUGCGGAAUAUCCUCCUUAAACUUUCUGGUGGUUUUUCCACAUUUCUCCCCCUUGGUGGAAAUGAUGAUCCCUUUCUUCUAGCUGCUAUUCUAUAUGUUGGGAUAUAGAAUAUCCUAUAUAUUGGAAUAUAGAAUAUGGUUGGGAGCAUUAUGAGUUUCAUUCACAAUAUAAAACGAAUCAAAUAAUUCACAAUCCAUAUUUACAAAUAUCUAUUUGUGAGUGUGAUUCUUCUGGAAGGCAAUGAACAUCUGCCAUUACUCUAGUGAAUUUAUCCGCAUGAAUCCUCACUUCUCUCAUUUGAAAGAUACUCGUCACUUUCUCCAUAACGGCUAGGGUCUGGUAUCUUUUUACACCACAUUUAAUCACUGGGAAUUUCUGUAUGUUUCCAGACAUUUGCAAUGCAUAACGUAGCAACCAUCAAUAGAUAUGACAAUACUUUUCUUGAAUAUGAAAUUUUAAUAUUCCAAGUCAGAAUUCCUUUGGCCUUGAAGGGCAGUACAUAACUAGUAAUUAAAGUCAUUAUAUUUAAUAUCCCAUACCAGAAAUAUUUAAUUUUGAGCCAACUCAACCACAUGGGUAAAAAUGCUCCCCUUGAACCACAAUUUUUCCAGCAGGAGCCCCAAGCACGAACAAUAUUUCCACCUCCCCAAAGACUAAGGAAUAUACACCAUCUAGCAAUCCAUAUAGAAUGUGCCCCCUUAUAUUUUUUUUCUUCACUGAGUUCUUGUAUGUGUCUUUUUCCAGUUUGCAAACCUGAUGGGCAGGCUUUUUCUGUGUGUCACUUCCUUUUUUUAAUUGAUGCAUGUCGUUUUCAGAUACAAUAAUUUGUCUGAAAAGCAGGCUAAAGCUAUAGGAAAUAAUUUACUUAUGCAAAUAGGACAAAAAAGCCCUUUUCAGAACUCUAACCAUUAUAAUUCAAUUGAACAUUUAAUUAUUUCUUACAGUGAGAAAUUAAUAUCUCUUCCCAUAAUUCGCCUUGAGUUUCUAGAUAUCAUGGCCUUCAUUUGAUUCAGAUGCACAGUUCAUAUAUUGCCAGAGCUCUUAGGCAAUUGAGUGUAGAGUUUAGAUAAGAGAGAGUGUCUUAAUUACAAAGAAGUUGAAACACUGGCACUCUCCUUCUGUUUUCCCUUUUGGCGCUUGGUCUUCAUGUGCAGUGAAACUACUGUCCUGCCACAAUACCUUAAAACUCACCAAGGCAAUUUCUGCAGUAUUGAAAAAUGCCUCAUUUUGGUAGUUGAAAGUCUUUAAGAAGAGUGUGGCAAGGGGAGAUAUAGAUGAUCACAUUUGUAUUUCAUUUCAGACCUUUAAUAAAACGCUUAUCUUUCUAUUAGUUCAUGGAGUCCUUAGCCAUACAGGUGUCUGUAAUAAAGACCCCUGAAAGAGGUGUAAAGACGUUUCUGUUCAAACUGCCCUUUCUGUAUCUCCCCACCCUUUUGAGAAGAGGGUCUGUUGUUGAGUGGUACAGCACCCUGCAUUCAGAAGAUCCGAAAUUCAAUCCCUGACAUCCCCAGGUAGGGCUGGGAGUGACCCCUGUCUAAAACCCCGAAGAUCUUCUGCCAGUCAGUACUGAGCUAGAGGGACCCAAGUGUUUGACUCAGUUCAGUAUGUUACAUACGAAGUUUUCUUGUGCUAUCAUCUGAAUCGGACAAGUGUUGUCAUUUAAUUGAAUAGGUAAUCUCAGAUCUCCGUUCUUAGGUGUCUUCUCUGGCGUGUGCUUUAAACUACUAGUGCAUUUGUUGGACAAGCUUAAUUUUAUAUAAUAUUGAAUGGAUUUCUUUUCAAUAAUAAACAACUAAGACAGACAAAUUUAUUAUGGGAUAAGCAUCUGUGGACAUUUGCCUGAAGUAUAAUCUUCAAUAGGAGGGGUGUGUGUGUGUGUGUGCAUGCACACAUGAAUUGCACCCACACCAUACACUUAAAAUACUUUUGAAGAAUUCCUCCAGAUAAUACUGAGAACUGUAGUUUACCCUCCACAGAGCUGUGGUUCAUGUGCUUGAAAUGCCUGAGGUGGCUGUGACCCUAAGCAGUGGGGGGGGGGUUUGUGUGUCAGACAUAUUAUUUAUACAUAAAUAUUUAUAUUGUUGUGUAUGUUCCUUUGUGUGUUCUUGCAUAUUUAGAAGAAGAAACAGACAAAAUCAGUAUCUCACUAUCUCUGUAAUUGACAUAUUGACAGUGAAACAGGAAGCAAUUAGAAGCAUUAGAAAACAGGCACCACAGUCAUUACUUUAUCAAAGAAAGCCAGUCUUUCCAAGAAAUCUUGUAAGUUCAGAUAAAUUUGCAAAUCUUGUCUCGCCAGGUUUUCUGUCGCUGUAUAAUUUAUUUUAUAUAAGUGAUCCAAUGGUAAUAAUGAACACCUCCUCAACAAAGUACUAAAUUGUAUUUGGAGCUAGGAGUGUGUGCGAUUUUGAGCUGAGAAAAAUCCAGAGGAGACAGAGUUGAACAACCCCACCAGCCUGGCCUCCUCGUCACUCUCCCUUCUGGCCCUCCCUGUCAGGAGAAAGAGACACACAACUGCAUGUCAGAUCUAGCUCGAUCCUGAUGGUUAUAGUCCUGUAGGGGGUUGACUUUCGCAAGAGCUAAUGAUGAAAUAGCGUCCAGAAGGAAGCUGUACGCCUGUUCAAGCAAGGUUGAAAAAUGAUUCAGUUUGCUUUUGUGUGUGCAUGUGUUGCCUUGCAUCUUGGUAGAAAGCGUAACCACCAUCCCUACUCUCUUCUGUCCCUGCAGCUGAUUCAGUGCCUGAAGCAGGGAGCUCUCUCUCGAACCACAGCCAGCACCCAGAUGAAUGUCCAGAGCUCCCGCUCCCAUGCCAUCUUCACCAUCUACCUUUGCCAAAUGCGCGUCUGCUCCCCUGUACACUUGGUAAGGACGUGAGAAGGGGAGGACAGGGGUGGAGCACUUGCAGAAUCCAUUACACCUCAUUACACCUCAGGAAAUGAUUCUGGGAUGUGCUCCGAUUGCAGGUGAAUGGAGAUUCCAACAGUCUCCUGGAGGGAUCCCAGCCUUCUAGUGAAUAUGAGACACGAACAGCCAAAUUCCACUUUGUUGACCUGGCUGGCUCAGAGAGGUUGAAGCGGACUGGUGCAACUGGCGAGAGAGCCAAGGAAGGGAUCUCCAUCAACUGUGGUUUGGUAUGGCCUUUAUCAUACAAAUGGGUCAGGAUUGGAUACGACAACAAGUGCCAGGUCCUGUAAUAUUUUGCCUGGCAAACCAAGUAUUGUCCAGCACCUUUGUUACUGUUUUGGAGUUUGCACAAGCCAUGGCUUGGUCUAGGCAUAUAAGAGCUCUUUGUUGUAGCAUGCAGGCUUCAUGGAAUGGGAUAUGCCAGGGGUUGGCAAGGUUUACCUCGCCUGAGCCAGUUCACUCCAGCAGAGAUCCUUCUGUGGUCCGGAGCGCACGCACCUGCGAUUUCCAGCAUCUGUGUCUGUGCAGACGCGAUUUCUGGUGCCACGGAAGCAAGUCCCCGCGCUGUGUUGCGCUGGUUUAGCUGAGCGGGCGGCUCAGUUCAGGGGUGGCUCAGGGGCCAGUUAAAUGACCCCCAUGGGCUACUUGUGGCCCUUGGGCCUUAGGUUGCCGACCCCUGAGAUACGCCAUGAAAUCUAUGUUGUUUCUGGUGGGCAAGGCUCUGUCCCUGAAGCCACUGCAAAUUUAAGAGACAGGGAAUUGUAGAAAUAAAAUUAUAGUAUAGUCUGAAAGUGACAGUGACAUUUGCAAGCAUGUAUAAUACAGGUAUAAUAUGUGCUUGUAUCUUUUUAAAAAUGAGUUGAGAUUCUCUAGGGUUGGAUGGAUGCUUCUGUGAAAGCCAGAUUCUGUAGACUAAGGUUCAGUCAUGAUGAUAUAGCAACAAAGUUUAUGUGGUUUAUAUGGUUCAUCCCUGUAAUGGAAAAGUCAUGGUGUUUACCAGUAUAAGCUUCAGCCCAGUAAGUGGGGGUGGGGGGCUGAUUUGUGACCUCAAAAAGGGAAUAACUGCUUGAAGCUGCAUUGACUUUUAUAUGAGGAAUGUAUGGUGCCAGAAUAAAGGCACAAGGGAAAGUGUCCAUCUCUUAUUCGCCGACUUGUCCUUUUUAUUGAUAGCUAGCACUGGGAAACGUCAUCAGCGCCCUUGGGGACCAGAGCAAGAGAGCUUUGCAUGUGCCCUACCGAGAUUCAAAGCUGACUCGGCUCCUCCAAGAUUCCCUUGGUGGCAACAGGUAAUGGAAAGAAGCACUAGAACAGCUGUUUGUAGCUUUUGCAGGGUUACUGGCAUUGGGGAUUGCAGGUGAGGAGGCUGUCUGGAUUGUGUGUUAUAAUUAACGCUGCAUGGCCAUGGGAGCCCUUAAUGAGAAGUCCCAAGGCAAGGCCACAGCAGGAUGUGCCAAGGAGCAUAUUUUAAACACAUCCUGGGUCUCAUUUCUUCCUGGGUUCCAAAUGUGAUUAUUGGCUUUUGCAGAAUAGAUGCUUACAUAAUAUGCCUAAGCUGUUUUUGAUCCAGAAUUCUGGCAGCUGUACCUCCUAACAUGGGAUCACUGUAAUCUCUUCUUUCCCCCUCUUUUCUAGUCUGUUUCCUUUUACAGCUACCCUUCUCCCCCCCCCCCAAUUUCCUUCAUGUUCUUUGUCUGUCUUAUCAUGGCCUUUUGGAUUUGGGAACUCCUGCUUUCUGUUUGGCAGACUAUUUGGUAAUUUGCCCAAGGCGAGGGGGGGGGCAAGGUUGUUCAGAACUCGUUGUCUGAACUCUGAUUCACCAUUCAGCAAAUUGGAGCCCUCUGCAGCUGGUUGGUUUGAACUGCCAGACUGCCAGCAUUGGAAAUGGCUUGACCUCUGCACUGCUGCACUCCCUGGGAGGUAGCUGAUGUGGCAGGGAGACUAGCAGCCCUCCUGUGCUUGACCUUAUUUGUUCUCCCACCUUCGUAGCCAAACCAUAAUGAUUGCCUGCGUGAGCCCUUCUGAUCGGGAUUUUAUGGAGACCCUGAAUACCCUUAAGUAUGCCAACAGAGCUCGCAACAUCAAGAACAAAGUGGUGGUGAACCAGGAUAAGACGAGCCAGCAGAUCAGCGCCCUGCGAGCUGAAAUUGCCCGCCUUCAGAUGGAGCUCAUGGAGUACAAGGCGGUAAGGAGAUGUCAGGAGCAUUUUGCAUUGAGUGGCACAACUUCAGUACUUGAAGUCCCUUGUCCCUAGUGGUGUUUUCUCUCUCCCCCUCUCUUUAGGAAUGUUGCACACCCAGUUAAAUUCCCCUGGAGAAAAUAUCUUGAUGCCAUAUUUGGCCUACUCCCUUUUUUUAUUUGAAAAGUUCUAAUUCUGCAGAUGAUUUGCUAUAGAUGAACAUUGGCAGGUCUCGUUAAGCUUUAGUUUCUCCAUCUUCAAAAUAGGGAUGCUAGCAACCUACUUUGUAGAGAGCAAACCCAGUAUAUAGUGCACCGCUGAAAUUUGAGAGCCCAAAGCCCACCAUUGCAUGAUUUUGCCACAAGCUGUUGCUUGUGGUACACUUUUAUUGGUGGUCUUUUAAUCUCUCUUUUUUAAAAGUUCCUGUGAUAGAUUUUACUGUCUUUUAAAAUGCAAUGCUCUACUUUGAGAAGCCCCAAUGAUCAAAGACUGGCGUAUAAACAUAAAUAUAAAUCUUUUAUGCAACUCUUUAAGAGCUGGUUCAAAAAAACAUGACAGUCACUGAACUAUUUCUGCAGAAAGGUGGAUUAUAAAAUACUUGAAAAGUACCCCAACUUCAGAGCCUUCCUGUAUGUGCAAGACUACCAUUACAGGCAGAAGGCUUGAGAUGACUGAAGUAUACUGUGAUGAUUAUGCCCCUUAAUUGGGAUGUGCACAGGGCGACUGUCUUCCACCCCAGUCCAUGUUCUCUCCAGCCCUUCCUACUGGUGUUUUCAUUCAUUUCUGUCUCCAAAGGGUAAGCGUGUCAUUGGAGAGGAUGGCUCUGAAGGCUACAGCGACCUGUUCCAGGAGAAUGCCAUGCUGCAGAAGGAGAACACCACUUUGCGUAUGCGUGUGAAGGCCAUGCAAGAAGCUAUUGAUGCCAUCAAUGUCCGUGUCACACACUUGAUGAGCCAAGAAGCCAACUUGAUUCUUGCCAAGGCAGGUGAGGCUGAGAGGGGCAACUGGUUGGGGUCUCUAGACCAUUUCAUUAGAUAGCAUACAAAUAGCACUAUAUAUUCUUUAAAGUCACAAGAGAAAAAUUGUGUUUACAGUUUUCAGGGUUGGUUUUAUGAAGGACCAAACUGUGCAUGAUGUUAGCCAUAUGUUCAGUGAAGCAUGCUUAGCCUGGCUGCUUUUGUUUUCCAUAGCAAUUGGGCUUCUCUGAUUUCUUUGGGAUCUUGCUUGCUCUUGUCUAGCUUUCUCCAUUAUUGUUUAGAAUUUAAUUUCUGUGUAUUUGCGUCAUUGUUCUCCCAGGUGAUGGCAAUGAGGCUAUUGGUGCUCUGAUUCAGAACUACAUCCGGGAAAUAGAGGAGCUCAGGUAAGAUGGAGUAGUCCUCUGGAUUCCCCCAUCCACUUUUAUUCUUUUUGCAAGUGGCCAUACCUUCUUGAAAGAGAAAUAUAUCUAUCUUCUAAACUGGUGACUAUUCAAGUAGCUCUAAGCCAGUACUUUCACCCCUGUGGCAUCUCGCCCUUUGUGUACUGUAAUCUUCGAAUGAUGAGCACUUUAGGAUCAGAAACAACCCUUUGCGAGUAAUAAGAGAACCCAUACAAGUGAUGCUGACACAAAACCCCACACAUACACUAAGGAGAAGAAUAGAAGCAUUGUCCACCCCACCCCACUCACCAUCCCCUGUCCUCCUCUUUUCCCCUCUUUUCUUCCCAACCUAAUACUGCAUGCAACACUAAUGUCUCACACCAAUGAAACUGAUCUGCAGAAAACACAACUUAAAAAAAGAGACAAUGCACGUAUUUUUGUAAACUAAGAAAUCUUUAAUAAUAAUAAGAAAGAAACAACCCUUUGAUAUAAGAGACUUGUGGUACUUAUAAAUUCACUUGUGCGCUCCCAAGGUAUGGGCAUUGUAAACAAAGGUGCCUAAAAUAACCUCUUUGUCUGCAGUAGUGGCUUUCACAGCCACACAAAGGCAAUAACGUUGAGAGCAGCAGUUGCAGGUCCCACAUGCACAUAAGCUUGCAGCAGUAUGCCACAGAUGCAGGAACAAACAGCUGAAGCUGCCACAAGUACACAAGCAUGUAGCAGCAUGAGCCCCCUGCUGGCCAGGCAUGCAACAGGAGUGAUACAGGGAUGCAGAUAGCCAAGCAUGUUGCUGGGGGAAUAGAAGCAGAUGCAAGUAAUAAGGUAGUGGAAUAUUCUGCUUCAGAAUGUCAAAGAAUCAUAUUAGUAGCAUGACUUCCUUGAUUUUCUGAUGUUCUGACUAACAGAAUUUAGGAUAUCAAAAUUUGCAUUUGAUAAGUACAAAUGGCUCCAGUUGACAGUGUCACUCCAUGAUCUCCGCAGCACCUUGCACUUGGGCUUCUUUUUUUAUUGGAGAUGCCAAGAGUUGAAUUUCGGGUCUUCUUCAUUGAAAAGCAUGUGUUCUACCGCAGAGCAAUGGCCCCUUCCCUUUAUCCGAGAUAACUGCUUUGUAGACAUCAUGAGGAAGGAGUGUGUGUCCCCCAGCACUCCAUCUUCUUUCCCCCCUCACAUCAAGAAUUAUCAUAACUAGCAGGUUUCUCAGGUCUUCCCCAAACUCCCCUGAGUAUUUUCCCCCUCAGAUUUUCUUUUCUGCUGAGUCAAGAGCACAUUAUACUGCCUUUUGGGUCCUGCUCAUUCCUGUUAAUGAAGCUGUGUGCUGUCAAGAGUUAAGAGCUGAGCAUCCUCCCUUAUGGUCUUUUUGAGUCCCUUAAUUGCAUGUUAAUGAGGGCAUCAGAUGGACUUGUAUCCAUGUGAUUCUGGGCUAGCAGAUACUCCUCUCCCCACAGUUCCCAUAGGAAUCUGUCUCUGUCUUCAUGUCAGCACUUCAGUAUAUAAUGGACACUAUGAGGUGACUGCUAUCUCUUGUCUUCUUUGUAGGACAAAGCUCUUAGAGAGCGAAGCUAUGAAUGAAUCACUGCGUCGUGGUCUAUCACGAGUUUCCUCUAGGCUUCCUUAUUCCCUGGGCUUAUCUUCAUCUCCUGGGUUGGGAGCUUCAAAUAGCCCUGUCUCCUCUGUGCAAGCUGAGGCCUCAGAAGUCAUCCAGUGGGCCAAGCAAGAUAUAGAACGGUUGAAGAAGGAGACUAAGCUGCGAAGGAAAAGGUAAAAUGGGUUCCUCUGUCUUGCAUCUGCUCAGGACCCUUCUACUCUGGUUAGGCUGCUGGGCCUUCAGAACUUUUUAGAAGUAUCAAAAUAUAUUUGUUUUCCAUCAUUCUCACUCUAUGAGACUCCUGUAAUGCAGCUCUCAUGAUCUACAAUACAACACCCUUUUCUGUGUUGAGCUUUGAUUUUCCCUUCUGUAUUGUAAGGAUGGUAAAUACUUGCUGUCUUGCAGAAAGCUUUGUGAGAGUGACUGCAGGCAAAGAGCUUAGCCAAAUGUCCCCUUCCCAUUAGUUAUUCAGAUGAAAUGUUUUGUUUUGAUUUGUUGUAAUUGGAGUGGUGUUUGUUUUCUUAGCUGCCCUGACGGCCUGUUUUUGUGACUCUGCAAUCUGGAAUAAAAAUGAAUGAUUUAGAAACAGAUGUUCAUGUAAAACUGCCUUCUUUUCUGCAGCCCAGAGAAAGAAGGGUUUAAGAAGAGGUUGAGGAUGCAGCAGGGAAAUGAGGCGGAUGAGACAGAUGAGAAUGAAGUGGAAGAGGUAAGAGAUCUUGCCCUUCUCUUGCAUACAACUUCUGGGUUCUUUUGAGCAAUUAUUAAGGGUGCCAAACUUACUGCUGGCCUUUGGUGGCAUCAGGAUGAGCCCUGUGGCAAUUUUUCAGCAUAAUGAGAAACUGGCCGUAAAGGACAUCUCAAGUGCUAUUCCCUUCAGCCAGAUUUAACAUCUGCUUCAAACGUUUCCUGACCUCAGCAAUUGCCAUACUAAUUCCUUAGGCUCCUGAGUCUCAAUAAAAUAUCUCCUGCCAUCUCCUCUGAGAAAUGCAAGCUUCUCUUUAAUCCAACGCCCUUGGAUAAAUGGAGCAGAAUAGGCUGACAAAUAGGUGUGUUUUUUAAGUAGGUGAAGUAUGUCUUGCUUUUCUGUCUCAAAACAUGAAUGUCUCUGUGGGAUUCCAUUGGAUUCUUAAAAGCCUGGGGCUGUGCACAUUACAAAAUGGAAACAUUCUUUGAUUUAAAUAAAGUUAAAUAAAUUGGUUAAAACUGACACACUUGUUUAUUUUUGGAGGAAAUAACAGUGCACUGCUAAAGGCAUAAUUUUGACUGUGCACAGUCAUUACAUUAUUUCUGCACUGAUUCUUGUUUUGGGGACAGGGGGUUGUUAUAUUGAUAUAUUUAAGAUGAACAUUUGGGAAUGCAGUAGGCCCGCUGUGUACACUGGGAUUACAUUCUAGGGUCCUUCCUUUGAAGAGCAGAGUUGAAAGACAAAGGCUUGGAAGUUAGUAGAAUGAAUGGCCAGGAAAAAUACAGUAUGGUUUGAUUGAGUUGUUGGUGAUGUGUGUUAGAUCUUCUCUGCCUUCACUUCCCAACAUCCGGCUUGAUUUCUGAAUCCAUGUCCAGGACAAUGGUAAGCGCUGAUCUUCUAGUGUUUUGCUAAUUCGUCAGCUAGAAGAACAGAAGGUUGGAUUCAUGAAAGGAAGUAUGAACUGUAAGAAGUAACAUCCCCAUGGUGCCUGUGUUCCUAAGCAGUGCAAAAUGCUUUGAAUUAAGGAUUGCCAUUGGAACAAAUUAGCGAACCAAGGAAAGCAGAUUGCCAUAUGCAACCAAAAGUUGGGCAGGGUUGGGACUGCAAUGCCUUGGAACAAGCUGCAUCACCACUCUCCUUUUUCUCAUCACUGUACCUUCUGUUUUCAGGAGGAACGGGAUGAGAGUGGCUGUGAGGAAGAAGGCGGCCAGGAGGAGGAAGAGGAAGAUGAUUCGGGAAGUGAAGAAAGCCUGGUGGAUUCUGACUCGGAUGUUGAAGAAAAGGGUAAGAUACUGCAGCAUGUGUUGAAAUGCUGAUGACUCUUAGUGCAGUCUCUGCAGGGAUCUAGGUGAACACAACACACACAGUCUUCAGGAUAUAUGGAGGGGAUGGCCUUUAAUUCAUUUGGAUUUGAAAUGUUGAAUCCACAGCCCCCAUGCUUUCCACCUGGAACUACUGUUGUAAUCCUUUUAAUAGCACAAAAAACAUGCCUGUACAUAUGCUAGGCUUUUUCUCUUAGCAUUCAAUUCCAUAAAAGGGAUACAACUUAUUCUAGUCUUUAGUGGAGGUUGUAAUGAGUUUAGAUACCACUAUCUUCAAGAUGGUGAAGGGUUUUUUUUGUGUGUGUGUGUGUGUCUUAUCUAGCAGCAAAUUUCCAAGCUGAUCUGGCUGACCUGACCUGUGAGAUCGAGAUCAAACAGAAGCUAAUAGAUGAGCUGGAGAACAGCCAGCGGCGCCUGCAAACUCUGAAGCACCAGUAUGAGGAGAAGCUGAUUCUACUGCAGAACAAGAUCCGUGACACACAGCAAGAGAGGGACAGGGUCCUGCAAAACCUGAGUAAGGGCAUGCCACUGGGGUGAAAUUGGAUUUUGACAGUUCAAACAGCACCUGUUUGCUGAUAAUGAAAGAUUUUGCAUUUGGAUUCUCAACUGAGGCUGUGAUACAAGGGUGGAAAGAUUGCUUAAGCAACAUUUCUAACCAUACACUUAAAGUGUAAUCAGUGACAUUGGCACUGAGUACAGUCUGUCUGUACUUAAAAUCUGCAUCAGAGAUGUGGAAGCUGUGGCCCCCUGGAUGCUGUUGGAACUCCAACUCCCAUCAGCCCUAGGCACCAUGGCCAAUUGGUCAUGGAUGAUGGGAGCUGUAGUCCAUCACUCCUAAUCUAUAUACUUCCUUUGUUCUUUCCCUCAGGUUCCAUGGAAUGCUACACAGAGGAGAAGGCGAACAAGAUCAAAGCAGAUUAUGAGAAGCGUCUAAGGGAGAUGAACAGGGACCUGCAAAAGUUGCAGGCAGCCCAGAAGGAGCAUGCCCGCCUCCUCAAGAACCAGUCGCGAUAUGAGCGAGAGUUGAAGAAGCUGAAUGCAGAAGUGGCAGAGAUGAAGAAAGCCAAGGUACCUUGCCUGGGGAUUUGCAAUUCUUCAUUUGGCUAAGUUCAAGCAACAGGGCACCUUCUGGGUGUUUUGGAUUCCCACCCUCAGCCCACCCAGCUUGGGCACCCAACUGGGGAAAGUGGCCCUAGAUAGUCACUGGGGCAAGCCAGCUUCUCAGUUAUUAUGCUUGGCAUUGAGUCUGUUUGUGCCCUACAGGUGGCACUGAUGAAACAAAUGCGUGAGGAGCAGCAGCGGCGCAGAUUGGCAGAGACGAAAAGGAACCGGGAGAUUGCCCAGCUGAAGAAGGAGCAGAGGAGGCAGGAGGUGGGCAAGAGCACCAUUUGUGGCUGCUGAAGCUUUGAGAAGCCUCUACCUAGUAGAGCUUACAAAAACCCAUAGACUGCUGGUGGACAGGAGAGGGGAAGACGCUCAGUAUAAUCAGAGCAAUCAUGCAAAGCGAAGCUGUGCCUUCAGCCAUCUUCACAAAAAUAACUUGUGUGUCUACAAGUUAUACAUAAGAAGAGGUCUCUUGGAUCAGACCAGAGGACCAUUUAGUGUGGUGUCCUGUGCUCACAGUGGCCAACCCAGUUGCCUGUGGGAAGUCUACUAGCAGGACAUGAGAGCAGCAGCAUUCUCCCCUCUUGUGCUCCAAAGCAACUUGAGACCUAUUGUGGUUUAGGAGGAGUUGGCUUCCUUCCACACAUUCCUUUUACACCAAUACACAUUUGUCUCCAUUUAAGUCAAGACUGACAUCACCCCAUUGAGAUCAUCUGCCUGUGGGUUUUGUUAAUAACUUUUAUCAUGCUGUGCCUGCAGUUUCAGAUUCGAGCGCUAGAAUCUCAGAAGCGGCAGCAGGAGAUUGUACUUCGCAGGAAAACCCAAGAGGUGAGUGGUGACCUUCUUGCUCACAAGGAAGUCAAGUGUUUAGUUUCCUCUAAAAAUACACUCGCCUUGGCUUUUGCUAUAUUGAAAGCCUCUCACUGUCAUCCAGAAAGGCUUGUGGAUAUUUUUAUUUCUCUCUCUCCCUUUAGGAUGCCCACUCUCUUUUUAUCCAGAGCAACUUCAGUGUCAUCCAACUGGGCGUCAUACCUGCUGUGUCACACAUGGCUUAGUGUGUGAUUGCCAACAUAGUUCUUUAUUUCGUUACACAUUUGAGCUCAUAUGUAGGUAACUUGUGGCAUUUUUCUCAUUCUAACAUGAAUGUCCAACAUUACUGGGAACAUCCAUAAAAACAGCUGAUACUGUGAGCAGACACUUUGCACUUGUGGAUCUCUGUUAGGCAUGAGUAGAGACUAGGGUUGAGGCUGGAGACUGAGCAGCUAACACUUUGAAUAAAUUUUCACAUAGCAGCCCUGCUUAAGACUGUAUCUGUCUGUUAUCACCUCUAUAUUUUCCAUUCUUCUGGACUGCUUUGUUGUGUUGUUGUCUAGGUCUCUGCUCUGCGCCGUCUGGCCAAACCUAUGUCUGAUCGCGUUGCUGGAAGAAUGAAUCAGAAGCAAACCAUGCUGGACUCAGGUGUAGAGGUCUCCACCAGCACCACCUCCUCUGAGCCAGAAUCUAGUUCUCGUUCUGUCUCCAGCAUUGUGCGCCAAUGGAAUCGGAAAAUCAACACCUUUCUGGGAGAUCCUCCUCCUUCCACAAAUGGGACUCGAACCGUCAGGUAAGACACUGGCCCAGUUAGCAGCUUUCUAAGUAAGUCAGACUGACCUAGGUGUCUAAAACCGUCUGAUAUAGAUUCCUUUGAGGCCUGUCUUGACUUCUAAUCCACUGGCUUCUAUGUGCCCCCAUUUCCAUCCACCCAGUAUGCUUGGGUAGGAAUGACCCAGAAUAUUUAGCACGGGGAUGAGGAUCCUUCCAGAUAUUGCUGGACUCCAGCUUUGCCAUUUUGCUGUGACUGAUGCAAGGUGGAGCCCAGCAACAUCUGGGAGCCUUUCCAUCUCUGGUUUUGGAUAAUUCUAAGAUCAUGUUGUUCAGUUUUUCAUACAUGACUUUCAUCUGCAGGAAGAAGUUCGCAAAGAAAGGGGCAAACCAAACCUUCAGUAAGACAGCCCGCAUGAAGUGGCAGUCCCUGGAGCGCCGUGUCUUUGACAUUGUCAUGCAGAGGAUGACCAUCAUCAAUCUGGAGUCGGAUAUGGAGCGACUCAUCAAGGUGAUGAAAAGUGGCUGUUUCUCACUGGAGCAGAAGGCGAAGGGCCUGGGAAGAGAGCCAGAGAAGGGGCUGCACAGCACUGGCAAAGAGGAAACAUUCUGCCUUCUGUUCCCCAUUUUCAGAAACGUGAGGAGCUGUCACUGAUGCAGGAGAUGCUUCUGGGGAAGAGGGAGAAGCUUCAGACAGAGAACCCUGAAGAGCAGAAGGGGCUGCAGGAGUUGAAUGAGGAGAUUGAGGUGCUGGCAGCCAACAUUGACUACAUCAAUGACGGCAUUUCUGACUGCCAGGCCACCAUCAUGCAGCUUGAAGAGACCAAGGUGCGUCUGAUCUAUCCAUGAUGCAAGCAGUUUAGGAGGGUGGAAUGCUGUUGGACCUGGACCUGGUGAUGAGCUGAGGUCAGCUGGCUGAGCUCUUGUGUAGAUAAUCGGUUACAGUGGGUGGAUCAGGAAGCACUAUGUCUUCUGAUCUUACCUUAAUGAGUUAAACUCUUGUUUCAUUUACAGUGGGCUGUUUCAGUGUGUUACUGCUUCCUUAAAAGGGGUGGGCUGGGGAAAUGUAAGACGCAGAGACUGGGAAGUUAACUCGUAGAGUAUGGAAAGUCCUGGGUCUCUGCUAUUUCCUCUGAGGAACUGCUAUUUCUUCCCCCCUCCCCCUUCUUAUUUGGUAUGUUCCUUUUCCACAUAAAUGUAUGCCCUCCCGAACACACAAUAAACGGUUGUGUAUCAGUUCCUUUCAAAAGCAUAAAAUAGAAGUCCAAACAAAUGGUUUUGUAUCAGUGGUACUAACAUUAUAACAUUUUAAAUUCUUAACAAAAUAGUAUCAAUCCAUUAUUAAGAGUUCUGAGAAUUUGGCAAUUGUGUGGAAGUCUCAGCAGCCUAAGUGAACUCGCUGGUCUGUAGACAUCUCAUACAAAGGCUUCUGAUUGGCCUAUAACAGCUUCCACAGUCUGGUGCCCUCCCGGUGUUUUGGACUCCUGAUGCCCUUCAACCAUGGCCAGCAUGCCCAAUGGUCAGGGGUGAUGAUGGGAGUCAUAGUUCAAAAAUAUCUGAAAGGCACCACAUUUGGGGAAGGCCACUCUGUAGUGCCUACGAUUUGUGUUCAGGGGCUGGAGCGAGUUGAUAAUAUGAAACUGACUACCGUACUACUUUUAUGCACAAAUAUGCUGGAUGGGUCUCUUGCAUAGCCACUAAGCCUGUGGAGCUAAAUCUUUAGCAAAGGAACCAGUCCAACUGCUGGCAUGGGUAGCAAACUGCACUGCCCUUUCCCAGACUUUCUCAUUCUGUUGUUUUUCUCCUGUGGGUCUCUAGGAAGAACUGGAUUCCACAGACACCUCUGUGGUGAUCAGCUCCUGCUCUUUGGCUGAGGCACGGCUUUUGCUGGACAAUUUCCUCAAGGCAUCCAUAGACAAGGUAAGUUAUUAUUUUUUAAAAGCAGCCUUUCUCUCUCAUGUGGAUCAGAAAUCUGAUAGCCACAUCUUGCUUUGCAACUAUUCAGUAGCAAGUUGGUCUGUUCAAAGACCCCAAGUAGACCGAUCAGUCCUGAUGGACAAGGUUAAUGAACUUCUUCAAAUAGUUUUGCUUUAGAAUGGAGUGAGGGAGACAGAGGUGUUUCACUAGGGAGGGCAUUCCACAAGUGGGAAAGCUGCCGCUGAGCUUGUGCCUAAUCCUCCAAUCUUUGCAAAACAGAGCCUGCAGGUAGCCCAGAAGGAAGCCCAGAUCCGCCUGCUGGAAGGCCGCUUGAGACAAACGGAUGUGACUGGCUCCUCUCAGAACCACCACAUCCUGGAUGCCUUGCGGGAAAAGGCAGAAUCCCACCCUGAGCUGCAGGCGCUCAUCCACAACGUGCAGCAAGGUGGGAGUUUGGAGUAGCUUUUGCUUCUUUGAGAUAGAAUCUUUUUUGCUUACCCUCAUCCAUGGCCUGGGUCAGAGGGAAGCAGGGGUAUGUUUUGGUCCAGCACCAGAGCUAAGUACCCAUGUGCUAGUGGAUGCUUUGUUUUAUCCUUUUGCACAGAGAAUGGCUAUGCCAGCACAGAUGAAGAAGUCUCUGAAUUCAGCAUGGCCUCAGAAGGGAGGUGAGUUGCGCACCCAAAGAGACCGCAGGGCACAGGUUGAGCGUUUUCCACCUGUUUUCCCUCUAGGCUGUGGUGGCCUUUAAAAGGUGGGCAGGGUGUAAAUUCCAUGUGUUGACCAAUGUAGCCACCCUCCAAAGUCAGCUUUGAGUAUGAAAGAAGCCCCUACAUGGUUCUUUUCUGUAAAAUUCUGGAAUUAAGCUAGAAAACCUGUGGUGCAAAAAUGAAGUGGGCUCCUGAGUUAAGGACUGAAGCUCUGCUGGGAUAGAGAGUCUCUUAGUUAGUUUGCACCUCUGUAGUUCUUACUGAAAAUAUGUGUGCACAAAACUCUCCCUGUGUCCCUGCAGCUUUUCCCAGUCUUUCUCCAUGAAGGGCUCUGCCAGUCAGGAUGACUUCAAGUGCAGGGUAAGUUUGAAAGUUUGAGUCGGCAAACACUUCCAAUUCUUGUUGUUGUUGUUGUUGUUGUUAUACAUUUUCAUUAUGGAAAUUCCCAGGAAAGAUGGUUAGCAGAUCCAUCCAGAACUAACAAAAGCUUCAAAUAGCCAGGAAGGAGUUUAAGAUUUUCACCAACCUAAACAAUGGUCAGUGACAGGAAAAUGUUGACAACGUUGUAGGAUAUCCUGGUCAUUUUUGUACAGAAAUGCUUUUUCUUGUUGAAGGUGCCCCAUGUGGUCAGAUUUAUGUUUGGCUAUAUUUGUUUAUAUAUGUUUAUUUUUAAAGCGGAACAUGGCACUUUGACCUUGCCACAUUCUUAUUCUGUAGCUUUCCAAAUAGUGGGGAGCCCCCCUGCGAAUAUAUGCACCAUUUUUUCAUCUCCCCUACAUUUCGCUGAGGCCAAGUUAUGAUAUUUGUACUGCAUUUUGGCAGCUAGCCGUGAUGCUGUACAUCCAGAUGGUGAUUCUUAAGCUUUGGCCCUCCUCCAGUGAAUUGGCAAUGAAAUUAAAACAAAGCCCUGGACUGAUGUGUGUUAUGUCUCUGUCUGUCCUAGCCGUGGCUCUGUUGAAUAAGCCUUUUAUCCAGAGAAAACAAUUGGCCCCAGACUGGCCUACUUGAAUUCUAGUGGGAUGGAGGGGGUGGGGGGCACAGGAACUUCAUUAGGUCUCUUCUGAAUGACCAGCAAUUGCUGCUCAGUGGUAGGUGGUGCGUUCUGUUGUUGUACAUAUUAAGUUCAGAAUGAAGUGGGAAGGUCUUGGAAAGCUGCUUGGGAUGUUUGCAGGGGUUUCUGAGACAGAGGUGACCAAGAAAUGCUAGCCUUCCCAGGCUGAAUUUGAGCACCAGCUACAGUGGCAACCGGGGAAUAGUUCCCGUGUUGCCCUGCCAUCUGCUGCUCCUUAGUUUGCUUUGUGUUUUCUGGGGCUUUGUUUUAGGGGGAGCCCAAGCUGUCUGGCCAGAUGAAAGCUGUGUCUGCAGAGUGUCUAGGGCCCACAUUGGACAUCUCCACCAAGAACAUCACCAAGUCGUUGGCAUCCCUCAUGGAGAUCAAAGAGGAUGGGAUUGGCUUCUCCAUCCGUGAUCCUUACUACAAGGAGAAGGUCUCCCGCACCAUCAGCCUGCCCAUCCGAGGGAGUACAUUGUAAGCCAUGGUAGUCUACUUGGUGAUCUGUGUAUGGAUCGUGUUGGGAAAACUGUGGUGUAGGUGACUGCUGGCUUUGGACGGUUGGAUUUCUGCCAUGAUUUCUGCCCUACUUGAGGGUGAAGAGUUGGUGGGCAAAGGGAGCGCAACCAAGGAAAGAACAGAAAGUUAUGUUCUGACCCCAUUGUUCUGGGGUCAGAGUCAGUUUCCCUCUUCGCUGGCACAGUCUUCCAUGGGGAGUAGCCGUGACACGGCGGCAUCGGAUCCCUCAUUCUUGUGAAACUGUUCCCCAAGUCCUCUCCCCAGACCUAUAAACUGGCAGCUUCAAGUACUCCUGGUUUACAAACUAUAGUGAAAGACUUGAAAGGCAGGGACACACACCCCUUUCCCCCAGAUGCUGCUACUGUGGGUGGACAAACCUAGGUGGUGUGAACUGCAUAGCCUUUACAGCCCACCAUCAGCCAGGCAGGAACCAGGGCAGGCAGCUCCUGUGGACACCAAGAGUGCUGAAAAUUGAAAUAGUCCUCCCAGUCCCCAGAAUGAGGGCCGCUUCAGACCUUAUGGAAACUCAUUUGGUACAGCCCUCCCAAGAAGUGUGCCAUCUUGUAAUGCACGUAGAGAAACGUGUCCCAGAAUGUGCUUCCACAUCAAAAUCUCUGCACGCACACACAGCUGGCACAUGUAGUAAGAAUGUUUUUAUCCUAGCCUCCCUGUUGUGUCGCUUGGCAUGUGCAAGGAGAUUCUGAUGUGGAGGAGCUUUCAAAGAAGGAAUUCCCUGCAUGUGAUGCAGGACUGUUCUGUGUGCCCUGGAGAAUAUUAGAAUCUGCUCUGAGAACCAGCUGGUCAAGGCUUUGCUCCUCCCAGUUUCCUUCAAAGCUGAGGGAGCCCAACUUUGGAUAGGGUAUUUACUAACCAUGACUGCCUCUCAUCUAGCCCUAGACAGUCCCGUGGUGCAGACACAUCACCCCUCACCAGGAGGAAGUCAUAUGACCGGGGCCAGCCUAUCAGGUGAGUGUAAGUGAGUGAGUGCAGUUGGCAGCAGUUCUUACACUUUGCUCAUAAUGCAGAAAAUGAACUGUUGUGUGAUGCAGGAUCUAACAGUGCUGCAAGAUUAUAGUUCUAUAAUUAGUGGAACCCACUGCUUCUCUCUUUCUUGCCUAGGAACCCAGAUGUUGGAUUCACUCCUCCUUCAUCCCCUCCCAGCAGGCCACGCAACGACCGGAAUGUUUUCUCCCGCCUCACCAGCAACCAGAGCCAGGGCUCAGCACUAGACAAGUAAGGCCGCCUGCGGAACUUGGGGAAACUUGUAUCCCCAUAGAAGGUGACAACAGAAUGGAUAAACUGGCAGUGCCAGGGAUAUCGUCCCCUUAUGUCCCACUCUACCCAGCACCAAGAAUGGCAUGUUUUUCUUUGACUUCCAGGUUUGGGCCCUAUUUGCACUGGAAUUAGCACCAUGCCUCUUAGGUGCUAGACACUUAGGUGCAAUUACUGUGAAACCUGCCAAAUCGUUCAGGGAGCCUCUUAUGCGCUGUUGUGGAGGCAUGUGAAUCAAAGUCCUUGGUCUCUGUGGCCAAGUACCUGAGUCGGUGCUUUAAGCUCAAAAGCACCCUAUUCUCCCCAUAUGUUAUGGGUAGCAGUUCUGAAUCUCUUUCCAACCCUGUCUGCAACCUAUAGGGGCCAUCUGCUCUGGUGCCCCUUUAUUAACAGGUUACCUCUGUUUUAGUGUGGGGGAGGAAUUGGUAUGCUUUUUCCAGCACAGGUGUAAGUUAAGCCUUCCAGAUAUGUCUUCAUACUGGAAAGAUAUUGGAAAACAAGGUCAUGUGAGUCCUGCUUUCUAAAUACCAGCAUGUCAGCUUUGGGUUCCCCACCCCUUUCUGGAGUGUGUUCCACAAGCCUCCUGAACGACAGCUGGUGGCAGCAUUGACAGAGCUUCAGUUAACACAAUGGGAUUCCUCUAACAUGGGCUGCCUUGAUCUUCAAGGACACAGGGAUGAUGCUGAAUUUUCAAAACACAGAACAGCAGCCCAAUAAAUAAAGGAACAAAGGAACAAAGGAACCUAUUGGGGCUAAGCUGGCAUUAGAGUGACCUCUGUGACCAUUGGGUCCAUAUUCCCAUUUGGAGGUGGCAUGGGAGUCACCGCCAACAUUCUCAGAAGCUGGCCCACCCAUAGCUAUGUAGGAGCCUUGGGCAGGCAUUCCCAGAUGUGUGCACAUUCCCUUCUUUUGCAGAAGAACCACACAUGCACAAUAACUCAGCAUCCUGAGAAUCUCCACUUCCUUUUUGUUCUUAAUCCAAGCUCCGAGCCUUAUGGCUGCGAUGACAGGCUUGCAAGUGUGUGGUGAAGCACCUAGUUAAAAACUCAUGAUGGUUUCUGCUACGCACCCACCCACCCCCUGUUCCUGAUCCCUUCUGUCUGUGGUCUGCUCUCCUAUGUCUGCCCGCCCUGCUAGCUUGGAUGCAAUAACAACCCUUCCUUUUCUGACUAUGCUGCUGCUUUUCCUUCUCCUGGUUUUAAUUACCCAUAAUCCUGCUAAUUUUCUGUCCCUAGGUCUGAUGACAGUGACUCCUCUGUCUCGGAGGUGCUGAGGUAUAAAACUUACUAUUUAUUAUAUAACUCUUCUUGCUUUCCUCUUUUCUCAUUCUUUCCCCCUCCCUGCAUUUGAAACCUGCUUGUAACUGAACCCGGUGUGAUGUUUCUUUCCUUGUGCUGCUUCUACUUGCUGGUAGAUUUGCCUUCCCAGCUGAUUAGAGUGCUCCAUUGGAACCCCUUCCUAUGUUAACUGAAACAGUAGGGCUCACCCCACUCAGCAUGCUUCACUAGGACACAUCCUGCGGUUAAUCCACCAACACGCACGUGUAUCUGAAAAUCUCAAGUCUCUUUCCCCCAGCACUUAAUAGACGCCAUCCUGUGGCAUGUUUUUGUUUGGAAUGGACCAAGCAUACACCUGCAGGUAGUGCAUGUCUAUAACCUGGAGUUAGGAGCUAACCAUUUGCAUGUGUCGUAAUUGCGCCAUGAUUUCACGAAUGUGGCUUUUGAGUAGUUUCUAGGCCUCGUGGUGGAGAGAAUAUCGGGAAAUGUCCAGGCAGCUCCCCUUCAGGCUCAGAGUCUUGGAGUCAUUUGAGUUGAGAACAUUUCCAUCCCUUCAGGCACAGCUCCCUGCCUCCCCCACACUUCCCAUUUGCUUCCAGUUCUUGGCAGUCCUGCUCUCAUGAAGCCUAUGGGAGCACCCCAUGUCUUUUCCAUCUGCCACUACAGCCCAGAAGUCCAGCCCCUGUUUUCUUUUUAUCCGGGGCGAGUUAUUUUUGCCACAGUUGCUAAAAUGGAUGGAUGGUAGUUUUUAAAUUUGCAUAAUGGCGUCCAGCCUCAUACUGUGAAUACAUAGGAGGUCCUGAAUGCUGAUUCUGGUCACUGGAUUUCGUGUUAAAGCGGUACUCCAGCAAGCGGCAAUGCCUUUCCCUUAUUUCUGGGUGUAAAAUAAACUUUCAAGACGUUAGCCAACCCCACUGAAGAUGGAGGGGUGCACACGUGUAAGGGAAAUGUAAUCUGUUAUGUUUAUUUCUGUCCUAAUAACCAAGAGUGCGUACUUUUUGAAAAUGGCAAUAAACUACUGGACCAAGUUUAAGAUUUUGGUAUUGACUCAUAAAUCCAUGAACAACUUGGGACUAGAAUACCCAAGGAAAUCACCUUUUCUCCCUGUUGACCUACCACCAGCCUUUGCCAACCUAGUGUCCUCCUGGUGUUUAGGGCUACCAUUUCCUUCAGCCCCAGCAAAGGCUACCCUGCAUAAUCAGUACACUUGUCUGAUGAGGCCUUCGUGCUUGUGCUACAGCCUUUUGAAAUACAGGUAGUGGCCAUUAGAACGGGAGGGCCUUUUCUGCAGUGGCACCCUUAUUAUAGAACCACUUUCCCUCUGAGUUUAGGUGAGUGCCCCUAUCGAUGCUGAUCAGGCAUCUUUUAAAAACUCACUUGUACUCCCAAGCUGGAGCUUGGUUUCAGUAUAUUAUCACUUUAAUUCUGCCCUACUUUUUCACUGCAUUACAUUUCUAUAUUUGAUAUGUAUUUUAACAGUAUUGUACACUACCGCUUCUCAACUUUGAUCUAGGAGAAAAGUUUUGUGUGACGUGUUCAAGCCUCUAACUCACUCUUAUGUGAUUUAUUUUUGGGGAAGGGGCUCCAUUCCUUUUUUAAACUUUGUGUCUUGGUGAUCCCAUGUAUUCAAAUAAGAAACUGCUGCCAACUUUCAGAGCUGUUACAAAGCUUGUUGCUGGGAAGGUUUGAAGUGUCUCCAUGUUGACCACAAGGUGGUGCACCGAUUUCAUGCCCGACUCAGAUGGAGACAUUCUGGAGAAGAGGAGUUUGAGUUGUCAAAGUUACAAAGAUUAUAGGUCUAGAAUAACAUGACAUGAUGCUAGAUGGGACCAAUUGGAUUAUUAAAAUAAUUACAAUCAUUUGGACCCAUGUGUUCAUUUCAGAGCAAAAAAUAAAGGAGAUUUUUGUUACUUACAAAGGGUCAGUGCCUCUCUUGGCAUGUGGUAACAAAACUAUAUUAGUUACGUUGCACCUUGCUCUUGCACAAAGAGAGUUGGAGGCUGAAAUUUGAAAUAAUCUUUCAAAAACAAAGCAGCCAAUGCAGUAACAUGGAGCUGUUGAUGAGGAAGGGGCUGUCACUCUAUGGAUGCUUUGCAUGCAUCAGGUUCCAUGUUCAAUGAUAUCUCCAGGCGAGGCUGGCAAAUAUUCCUGCCUGAAACCCUGGAGAACCACUUUCAGUCAAUGUUCUGAGCUGGAUGGAUUAAUAAUAAUAAUAAUAAUAAUAAUUAUUAUUAUUAUUAUUAUUAUUAUUAUUUAUUUAUUUAUUUAUUUAUAUCCCGCCCUCCCCAGCCAAAGCCAGGCUCAGAGCGGCUAACAACAGAUAGCAUAAAGUAGCUUCUUAUGUUUCCAUUCAAAGCUGUAUGUAAAUACACACAUUCUGGAGCUCAGGGUUGUGCAUUGCAGUUUUCAAUUCCAUUAAGAAUUUCUAUGAAUACACAAAACAAUAGUUGGCUUUAAUAUAGCAACAACUAAUAGUUUAUUUACACCCCACCUACUACGGGCAGCUUCCAACAUAAUAUAAAAACACAACUAAACAUCAAGCAUUAAAAUCUUCCUGAUACAGGGCGGCCUUCAGAUGUCUUCUAAAAGACAAAUCACUGUUUAUUUCCUUGACAUCUGAUGGAAGGGCAUUCCACAGGGCAGGCGCAACUACCAAGAAGGCCCUCUGCCUUUUCCCCUAAAGCUUCACAAUGAGGGAAGAAGCAGAAGACCCUCGGAGGAGGACCUCAGUGUCCAGGCUAGAGGUGGAGAUGCUCCUUCAGGUAUACAGGGCCGAUGCUGUUUAAGGCUUUAAGGGUCAGCACCAGCACUUUGAAUUGUGCUCGGAAAGGGGCCUAAACAUGUGUCCUGUAGCCCUGCUCUUACCUAUGUUGCCCCUUGGGGAAAAGACACUUGAAGAGCAUUUGAGUGGAUCAGCUUUCAGCAUAAUACUGACACCAGUAUAUAACCAAUGAUGGAGCAUCUCACCCUUCCUGUAACUUGAAGAUGUUUGUGCCCAGAACUUUGUGACAUACUCUUCAGCUUGAUUCUGCAUGUGCUUGCCUGCCUGUCGCUCCCCCCCCCUUCCCCCCCCUUUUUAAGCUUAAUGUGGGUCUGGUCCUUCUGGCACGCCAGUGUCUCCUGAGCAGUGUGAUUCCCAGGUGCAUGAUCGGCUACUCUAAGGAUGCCUGAUUGCUGCAGCUGCAGGAACCGUCUCUCAAAGCAUUUCUCUUUUUCUCCCAUGCAAGGGGCAUUAUCAAUCCUGUGGGAGGGUCCAGGAGUGCCCGGACAGCUCCACUGCAGUGCAUCUCUGUGGCAGAAGGACACACCAAGCCUGUCCUGUGCCUGGAUGCUACAGAUGAAUUGUUGUUCUCUGGAUCCAAAGGUGUGUGUUUGAGAGAGGGGGUAGGAGCUGCUUUUGGUGGCUUAAGCCUGGUAUGAAUGAACACUGAGCCAGAAGUUCGAAUUGCAGCUUUUCUAACAAUGUUCAGAAGGGGGGGGGGGGAAUUUAGCAUUUUCCGGGAUGGUGGAAGAAAAAGUAUACUAUUGCCUUCCCCGCCCUUUUCCCCCUAGUUUUGCUGCUGAAGCAAGUUGCCCAGCAACCUUCCCCCCUGCCCCAGUACCUCUGUUUGAAGGACUCUGUGUCAUGAUGUAGCUGCAUCACCCCAGGGACAUGGUUGACGGAACUAAGCUGCCCCCAUGGCUGCAAUUGGGACAGCCAUUCUCCCCGCCCCUGCAAGCAGAGCAGUGACAUUAAAGUGCUCCACAUGUGGAGUAGCCGCUGCAUGGCGACAGUUUUGAGCAGGCUCAGUCUGUAUGGUGUAUCAUGUGACAAGUGCCCUAUAGAUAUAUUGCACUCCCACUAUUUUCCUUGGCAAGUCAAGCAUGCGUGUGCCUGCUCACAAACAUGGGCAUAACAAGUGUCAUGUCUCUUUCCGAUAAGUGCAGUGGGAGGCAAAAAAGUUAAGGAUGACUAUAAAGACAAGACAAUGGCUGUCCCCAGAAAAAAAAAAGAAAUUUCUGCAACUGCUGAAUCUUUCAAAUUUGAAUUAAAACCAGCUGCUUUCCAUAUUAUCUGCUGUAUGUCCACAUUUUAAAAUAUCAGUCACAUCUUAGAAUCACUGAAGAAAUAUGUUGCUUAGGAGAGAGUGGUGGUUUCUGCUCUCAGAUGGGAAAAUAGGGCACUGCUGGCACAACUGAAGUUCUCUCUUCUUUCCAAAGAUCGGAGUUGCAAAAUGUGGAACUUGGUGACUGGCCAGGAAAUUGCCUCCUUGAAAGGCCACCCAAACAAUGUGGUUUCCAUAAAGUACAGUAACCACUCUGGCCUGGUGUUCACAGUCUCUACCUCUUACAUCAAAGUGUGGGACAUCCGGGAUUCUGCAAAGUGUAUUCGUACUCUCACGUAAGUGCUUGGCAGUUUUCUGUUUUGCUGCUUUUGAGUUUUUCGAAGCUUCAUUUGUGGCCUUGUAAGGUUUAACAAAGUGGGUUUUAAGAGCAUAAGCCAUUGCUAUCCAUGGUCACACAACAUUGUGCCAAAUCAUCCAUUGCACCAUAAGGCAGGGGAAAGUGAACUGUGAGAUCCCACAAGCUGCUUCUGAUUGCUGAUGUUUGGAUAGCAUUGUAUCUGCAGGUGCUCUUCACCUGCUUGCUGGUCUACUAUGUCCUGUUUUGCAGUGGAACGCAAUGCUCCACAGGGCACAGCUCCUUUGCCUUGACAUCUGACACAGGGCCAUCUCUCUACCCACCAAACUUGCUUCCUCCAACAUCUGCAAGCCAAAUUAUGCAUGUCAUUUGUCACAUGCUUAGUCCUACUGUGCAAUGUGCAAGGAUGAACAUAGCAAAGUCACAUCAGGACAGUCCCAGUCAAGGAGCUCCUGCGCUGACUAUUCUUAAGAAUAAAAAAUGGCACACCAGGUCUAAUCCUGUGACAAACCCUCAGUAGGCUCUCCUUUCAAUCUGCUAGAACUGUUCCUCUGAAGAAUAAUUCCUUCCAGGUGAUCUGUGGGUUUGAAAACAUAUUGCCGUUCCUGGCCCUCAUGGAGUUGAACCUUUCCUUGCUCUUUAUUUUGGAGCUGCUUUUGUCUGAGUAGCCUCCUCCGAAAGGCAAAGGCAAAUCUGCAGUCUCUUUCUUGCCCUGCAGCUGAACUCCAUUCCUGCUUCUGUGAGACUCCCCUUCAUAUCUCUUUUCCUCUUUCUCUCCCUCUAUUAGUUCAUCAGGCCAGGUGAUUGCCGGGGAUGCCUGUGCUGGCACCUCCACCCGCACCAUCACCAGUGUGCAAGGAGAGCACCAGAUCAACCAAAUUGCCCUUAACCCCACAGGCACCAUGCUCUAUGCAGCCACUGGCAAUUCUGUCCGCAUCUGGGAGCUAAACAGGUGAGAGGGGGUGAACUGCCUACAAUUGCAAACUGUUUGGAAAUCUGCAAAAAUGCCCAGAAGAGAAUGGCAAGAGACUGUUGCCAUGACCCAAACUCCUCAAUUACUCACACUGAAGAACUUGAAACUCAACAUUUAGUAUUUGGGCAUUACUUGGGGAGCAUUUAGCCUGGGGGGGGGUGUUCCUGCUGUUAAUUUCUCAACACUACCCUUUCCGCUUUUUUGAUUAGGUUGCAGCCCAUUGGGAAGCUGACAGGCCAUAUUGGGCCAGUGAUGUGUCUCACGGUGAACAGGACUGCAAGCAACCAUGACCUAGUCAUCACGGGAUCUAAAGAUCACUAUGUCAAGGUAUUGGACAUAAUAAUUACAUUUUGCUGAGUUCACUGUUGGCAGCAUCCUUAGUCUCCCCCCCCCCCUUUAGCAGCCCAACUGUGUCUCUUGUAUUUACAGAGCCCUACAAAAUACUCAAGGCCCAAACCCUUCCCCCCCCCCCCAAUACACGCUUCAGUUUCCAGACAUUUUGUUCCACAUAACCAAACACACUUAGGGAAGAAUUCAGAGUAGCGCUAUGUCAGUUGUUCCAUCAGUGCAAGGAUUUCAGCUUGAUAGAGGGAAUGAGUUCUCCUCUCCUCCCACCAUAUGCCAUUCCGGGGGCUAUUCUCCCCAAUAAAGUAAAUUGGGUGGGGUGCAUGGGCGGAGAAGGGGGAGAAAAGCCCUGUUUCACCAGUAGAAGUCAUUGCACAGCCUUCCACUAGAAAGACUCAUUGGUUGAAUCCAUUCCCUUAUUUUUAAGAGUUACUCUGGAGCAGGGAAAGCUAUAGGACUAUCUAGCACAAUGCCUACUUUUCUGAAAGUGGGGAACACUGAGCCCAGGGUUAACUGCAGAUUGAACCUGGGCUGUGGAUUCUUAUUUUGCCACUUCUCAUUUUGCAGAUGUUCGAGAUUGCAGAAGGCGUUGUUGGGAACAUCGGCCCCACUCACAACUUUGAACCCCCACAUUAUGAUGGCAUUGAGUGCCUAGCUAUUCAGGGAGAUGUUCUCUUCAGCGGCUCCAGGGACAACGGAAUCAAGAAAUGGGACCUGGACCAGCAGGAGCUCAUCCAGGUAUGAAGGAUGCUGGGUUUUCAAAGACAGAGGCGGUAUACCAUUUGUGUGGUGUGAAUUAUGCUGAGGGUGUCAAUAUACAGUUGGUGCAUAAAUUCCUCCUGUAGUGCAGGGGUAAGAAGGCCCCAUGCUGACAUCCCUGAAGAGGGUGGACCAUGAGGCCAGUGGAAAUUUUAGAUGCUGAAAUUCAGAUAGUGCACGUACCCCAUACACAUUAAAUUUAUUUGCAGCAAGUAUGGCCUCUGCAUAUGCGUACCAGCCAUGAUUGUAUUGAGCUCAAUAAGCCUCUUCGAAAAAGCAGGGUGGUUAUGCUAGAACAGGCAUAGGCAAACUUUGGCCCUCCAGAUGUUUGGGACUACAAUUCCCAUCAUCCCUAGCUAACAGGACCAGUGGUCAGGGAUGAUGGGAAUUGUAGUCCCAAACAUCUGGAGGGCCAGAGUUUGCCUAUGCCUGUUCUAGAGAGAGGGUGAGCAAGGACCAAAUCUCUUGGAACACUGACUUGCUAGCAGUAUCUAGUAGAACCUGGUGUUCUCCAGAUGUUUAGAGCUACCAGAUUAGGGAAAGCAGCUGUAAAAGAAUCCUACUAUCUUCCUUUAAAAAGUUAAUAUUUCCAUUGUAUAUUUUCCCAACAGUCAAACAACAUUGGCCCUCAAAGUCUUGUUGGGGGUCUUAUUUAUUGCCUACGUGUCGUAUUAUUUAUUAUUCUAGCUAUUUAGUGGUCCUUGACUUGGUUAUCUAGUUUACUACUGGUAACAAGCACAAUUAGUCCCAAGGCAUGUGUGUGCCAAGUUUGGGGAGCUUGGGGCAACUCCCAUAAUCCCUAGCCAUUGGCCAUGCUGACUGGUGCCAAUGGGAGUUGGGGGUCUAAAAACAUCAAGCAAGCCACAGAUAUUCCACUGCUGAUCUAUGCCCUUUGGUGCAAAUGGAUAAGAUUGCUUAUAGAGGACAAGUACCUCUGGUGUUAUCCUAAUCUUCUUAGCCUCUGUGUGGAUCUUAUAAUGGGUGGCCAUUGGCAAGAGCCAUGGGAAGGCCAAGCCAACAGCCAUUCUGAGUGCAAUCCAGUAACUUCCGUCUUCGCCAAAUGUGUCACAUAAGAAUCAAAGAAAGGAAGUUGUCUUGGCUUAGUUAAGGAUUGGAAUCCCUGUUGAAAGGGUUGGCCCUGCUCAUGCAGAAUUCUCCUCUUGUUGCUGCAGUGUUCACAGUUUUCAAGUGUGUGGCCUUGCUUUUGCAUAGCCAGUUCCCCAUUUCAAAUUUAGCCUCAAUUUCAGGUGGUGAUAUUGAUCUGCAAACAUUUGUUCAGGUUUCUGAGGUGUGUCAGCUAGGUGUCCUCAUUUUAAGACUGUUUGCAUUAUUAGGAACAAGCCCAAUGAAAGAAUUUCCCUGCAUUUGCAAGAUUGGUGUGUGGGCCAAUUGGGUUUUAGCUGCCACUGUGCCAUAACCUUCAGGACAAAUUAAUGGCAUGGUGGCAUUAUUUUUAUGGCACAACCAACACCUACAAUGAAUGGCAGUGUUAUUCCAGUUCUUCUUUAGUAUCUAGUCCACUCCCUUGGGCUUUGUUUUAACUCCCAAGUCAUCUCAUUCAGAAAUCCGUGGGUGGAAACGUUUUUGGGGUGUGGCAACAGGCCCUUGCUAACUCAGCUCAUUGUGACUCCUGUUUCUAGCAAAUCCCAAACGCACACAAAGACUGGGUUUGUGCGUUGGCCUUUGUGCCUAGCCGGCCCAUGCUGCUGAGUGCCUGCCGUGGUGGGACAGUGAAGGUCUGGAAUGUCGAUAACUUCACCCCCGUUGGGGACAUCAAGGGGCACGACAGCCCCAUCAAUGCCAUCUGCACCAAUUCUAAGCACAUAUUCACAGCUUCCAGGUGAGUGUUGAGGGCAAGGGCUUCUCUUUACCAUGAACUCUUUGCCCGCUGCAUCCCAUCAUGUGUAGUCAAGCUGCUCAGGAAAAUGAGGUGCCACCAGACAUGAACUGGUUACAGGCCCAAGCACCUGGUUGACGGAGGAGCCAGAGGAAGCCAUUGCUUCUGUGGCUGCCGUGCUCACAGAGCCAUAGUGCAGUGGUGUCCAUCUCAACACCGAUCUCCCAGAGUCGCUUACUGUGCAUCCUUGAGACCAAGGGACGGCUUUUUCAUGGUUCUUUAGUUCACCUCUUCCUCAUCACAUCUCCAGUGAGAUUCUGCAUGGUGCUUCCUUGUUUGUAGCUAAGGUUGAUUUCUGGCACUGCCCCUUAUGAAAGGGUGCCUUCCUGUAGAAGCCAAUGAUUAGCACCUAAGGACAUAGCUCCUCAACUGAGGCACAACAAGCUGGUUUGUCCCAGCAGUCACGAACUGAACUGAGCCGCGGGGGCUCUUGGUAACCCAUCACGGUCCCAUGGAGAUUCUGGCAGAGCAAGGGCCAAAGACUUGGCAAGAGGGCUUCCCCAGGGAGGGCAACGCAGGCCCCACCACUCACUCUCUUCCCCUUUGGAGUCUCUAAUCUCCUCUUUUCCGACCAUGUUUCUUUUUUCCUUUUCUCUCUUCCUCUCUCUGUCUCUCUUCUCUCUCUCUGUUUCUAUGUGCCACAGUGACUGCCGGGUAAAGUUAUGGAAUUACGUGCCUGGGCUCACCCCCUGCCUUCCACGACGCGUCCUUGCCAUCAAGGGCCGUGCUACCAGUCUGCCUUGACCCUCCUCCUGUCUUCUCUACUCUCCUGCUCACUUUUUCUUGCUGUGUUCCCCCUUCCCCUCUUUCUCGUCCCUAACCCCUUUCUCUGCGAGCUGAUCUCAGCUGCUUCUUAACGGUAUGCAAUGCUUACUUGCUUUUCUUUCCCUUUAGGGCAGUAAGUGGAGGUGUUUUCCACGGGAGACAUUACUUCCCAGUUCACCUCCAAAGUGGGCAUGCAAAAAAAACCACCCCAUCUCACUUUCCUCCUUGACAUGCCUGCUUGGUUGCACUAUUAAGGCUGCAUGCUUCACUUGGAAGCCUGUCCCACUGAAAUCAAUGAAGCUAACCUCUAAUAAACUAUGUUUAGGGUUGGCGUGAUUUAUGUGGAAAUUGUUCAGUUUGAUUGUGUGUUUUUUAAUGUUUUAUUUAUUGUUUAUGACUAAUUUUGUUAUGUUGCAGUUACGCAUUUCCUUUCAUCUUGUAAGCCACGUUGAGCAUGGUUUGAACUGUGGAAAGGUGGCAUACAAAUAAAAUUGUGUGUAUGUGUGUGUUUUGUUUGUGUAAAUGUCAAUGGGGUCAUGUAGGGGGUGGGGGACUACAACCCCCAAGGCAGGUCCCAAUUUGAAUUCUGGUUUUGCAGUAAGUGAAGGUGUUUGAAUUCUUUCUCUCUUGCUUUAAACAGGGCAUUUGUUCUGGAGUAGCCCAUGUGCCUUCAUGGUGUCCUUGGGCAUUGCAAGAGAGUGAAAGGCAGGAGGGGAAGGAUUUUGGGUGGGAAAUCAGCACAGUGCCCAGAUUAAGGAGUGUGGUCCAGAUUGGGAGCCCAUGUGGCUGCCUUUCCUUCAAAAUAAAAGUCACCUAUCUACUAAGCACACUUUUUACAAGCAUGUUAUUUAUGUAAUCUGUGAUUUGCACCUCCGUUUUCCCUUUAUCUGAGCUUGUUCGGUGUUUUGUUCUCGACUUUCUAAAUGUAUAUUCCCACCUUUUCCUCUUCAUUCCCCAGUGACUGGACAGUGAAACUCUGGAGUGCAAGGAAGCUACUGAACAGCACAACUUAGAUAGAACCUGGGGAACUACUUGGACAUGGUGACUGUGGUGGAGGUCACGAGAAGACAAGAUGUGGCGCUCUUGUUGAGCCUGGCUUGCAAGGGUAGGACGUGCUUAGCUUCCCACCAGAAUCUCACACACUCAGGGCUUCAGGAAAAGAUGGCACCCUGGCUUUUUGGUACCAUGUGCCCCAGUGAGUGAGUUGGUUGGAUGGUGUGAGGGAGCCUUCUUUCCUUUCCAGUUUCCAUGCUCCAUGUCUCUUUGCUUGGUAGGAUUUUGCAAUGACACUGAACUGUGAAACUCCCACCAUGGCAUUGCCAGCCAAGGAGGAAGGUCAAGCUGAGGCAUUUGAGAGCAUUUCUCCCAUCAGAAUCCACAUGCCACCCAAACAGGCACACCCCCCCCAGGCUAUGUGAGAAGCUCUGCAAAAUAGGUGGUUUUAGGUGUUCAUAGACCAAGGAGGUUUAUCAAGGAAAGAUUCAAGAAACCUCAUUCCUCACUCCAUCACGCCUGAGCAAUCCAUACCCAUCGACUCCUAUGGCCGCCUGUGCCCUGCUUAUGGCAUUCCUUCAGAGCUUAACAGUGAAACUGACCAGAGGAAAUCUAAAUAUGCCAGCUGCUUCCUGGAUGUGUUUCCUGCAUAGUUGAUUGUUGUGUUUUAGAGGGUAUUUCUUGUUCUAGUUAGAUCUUUCAUGAGUGUUAAUGCGCUGGCUUCCUUUCUCUUAUUUCCACCACUGAUGGGCUGUGUGUAUGUGUGUGUGUGUGAUUUUAUGAAGGGGGGAAGGGUGGGUGGCAAAGUUAGCCACCUUUUUUUAAAUGUUAAGCACAUGUGAUAUUUCUCAGUUUUCACUCCAAAAGUAGAAUCACCAAAGGUUUUCAUUUUCAAAUGCUUAGAGCCCUACCAAGAGAACAUAAAAAAGAAAAAUCUCUACUGUAUAAGUGAGGCCUGUCAAAUGGGUGAUGGAUAAUAUGGGAUUUGGAUUAUCACUUUUUCUUCAACUGUGGAAUCAAGAUUUCUGUUAGUUUGGAAGAAUGGUUGCUUUCUGUGUUCCAGCUUCAGACUUGAAAUUGUAAUGCUGGUCCCUUUUUUCAUAGUGCUAGAUAUCCCAGGAGGGGAAAAAAAAGAUGUGAGCUACUGGAAUAUGUUUUUGGAUUCUCCCUGGGAAAGUCUUCACAGGCAGCCUGGGGGAAAACAUGCAUUAUUUCAAUCUGUGAAGCUGUUUACAUUGUCCUGUUCCAAUACGAGAAAAUAAUAAUGGCAACAGAAACUCUCUCCCCUCAGGUGGAGAAAGGACCCUUUUAAGUAUUGGAACAGAAAUGUGUGAGUUUUUUCUUUAGAUUUUUAACAGGGUAAGAAACACUUGAACAAGCGUGUGGUGAUGCGUUCCUGUAUUCACAUUUCCCCAGAUGUGGGAUGAUGAGACUUGCCCUCAUAGUCUUGCCCCAUCACCUGUUUACUUACACCUGCUUGGCAUCCGUUCACGUCAAUACUCAUGUCUUUAUAAUAGACUCUGCAACGAAUAAGCAGGAGAAGCUUCUCUCUCUGUGCUUCAAUCAACUUGAAUUUUCACUGGUGGAGUUUCAACCCACUUAAGUGUUCUCAUGGACCCUGUGUGAGCAUCACUUUGCAAGAGAUGAAGCUUUCUGUUUGUGUGUAACACAGCAGGGCUGUCCCAGCCCUCACUGGAGAGUCGCAGAGCACUCCUCAAAACCUUCGUUUCCUCACUUGGUUGUUAAUAUGUGGUAUAAAUGGACUUUUGACAUGCAUUGUGCUCUCUUGACCAAGGACCAAGGACCAAGUUCAUGCCUCAACCAGCAGACUUGGGGUAAGCAGCACACUGGUGGACCAUUCCACAGCUCUGCCCCCUGGUUUAUAGGAGUCUUCUGCUCUAAUAAACUGGGUUUGGGUGUGAACUUCAUCCACUCCAUGCAGUGAAGCUGCAGAUUCUUCCAUUGGGAGUAGGUUAUUGUACUGUAAUUCUGUAUGGGUGUUCAAAAGGUUCUGUGUAUUGUCUUGUGCAUUAUUUGGGGCUGGGGGAGCAGGAGGGAGAGGGUUGUGUGUAUGUGCACGCGCAUGAGUGAAAUUAAAAAAGGGUGAGGGCUUGUUUUGAGUUAACCUACCUCAUGGUCCAAGGUGUCUAGUUCUACUCUUCGGGGGGGUUUUAUGUUAAUAAAACUUGAAUUAGUCUGGGGAACGCACAUUACCACUGACCCCUAAGUCCCAAAAGUGAGAUGAAGACAAGGUGAAAGCAAGUGUGCUUUGCCUUCGCUGUUGACUGAUUUACAUUCAAGCUCACAGCUUGUACUGUGUCCACCAGCAGCACCAAUUUUAAUAAGCUCUUCUUAAAUGUUAAGACUGAUAUUUAUUGAAUCACUGUGUCCUUUGCAGUCUUCUCGUGACUUAGCAUUCUCAACUGAGAAGAACAGAGAGGUCCAAGUGAUUCAAGCCUUGGAAGAGGGACCAUCUUCCAUCGGUAAUGAAAUCAGCACAAUCCUCACGCCUUCACAUGGCUACACGAGCUAUCUUGUCCGAUAUUUUCAGAAGCUUGUAGUCCACCUGUGAAUGUAGUUGCCUGUAAAAAAAUAUAUUCUAGGAAUACAUUGUGAAUUAGCUGCACACAGUUCACCUAAAACUUCCUCCAUUCUUCCUUGGAGGAAGUCUGUUUAGUACAAGAAAUAUGAAAUGUCUUGUAAAGUAUUACUUGAUAUACCUGAAAGCACUGUGCCUGACAGCACUCUGCUUAACUGUUAAAUUAUUGACCAUAUUGCCAUAUAGUCCCAUGUGCCUCAGUGCUAUUGCUAGCUUUUUAGGUAUGGGAUUAUAUUUUCUCAUAUUGAAGAAGCUACCCCCUUCUCUUUAUUUUUUAAUAGUCCUGAUCCAAGCAACGUGACAAAGUGCAAAACCCUGCAAAUGAAAUUGGGUGCAAACCAGGAGAGCCAUUUUACCUCCUAUGAACAGUUACGUGAAGCACAAGGUGGGAAGGGUCAGAAUAAGCAAGCUGAAAACAUCGUCUGCUUUGAGUAGCCCUUGGGAGUAAAUGUGCAUGUUCAUUAAGAGGACACUGUCAUUAACGAGAUUCAAAAGUGGGUUUGCACAACCUGCUUGAUUCAUCUAGCAGCCCUGGGAAAAUCUCUGCCAGGUUCUCCUGGUGUUCUUAAGGCUUUGCUCCUGGUGGUAGGAUAACAUGCACCAUCCCUGCAUUCCAAGAAAGGAGCCGGGGUGAAAGACGCCCCCUAAAGUGCAUCAACACCAUAGGCCCGUUUGCUCCACCUCUUGGUUUAUGUAUACAUAUAUAAUCAUGUUUCAAUUGACAGGUGCCUUUUCUUGCCCUGAAAGGUGUUUUCUCCCCCUCAAGGCUGGCGUGUGUGUUCAGGGCUUCUUUGGGGGUUUUGUACCAUCAGGCAAAAUGGUCACACGUAUGUAUGUGUGUGUGCGUGUGUACAUGAUAAGGUGUGUAAUUAUUUUAUACCGCUAUGUAAAUAGUGUAAGUUAUUUAAAGCUCCCGCUGUACAUGGUUUUCCAAUGAAUGUGUUUGUUCCUCCUCUUAAUAAAUAAACAUCAAAACAAGAUCUGAGAAUAAUUAUUUUUAAUAAAAAUAAAACAGGCCAUUAAGUGUAAGUUCAAAAGGCUCUUUCAGUGGUACGAAGACUGAGCUGAUGAGGAAAUGGAUAUUGAUAUAGGUAUGAGCAAGUGGCUCUGAUCUAGGAGGUUAAAAACAAACAAACCCAGAAGCAACAAGCCUGGCCAGAAUUUAAGUGUCAUCUGAUAACUGUAUCUUCAUGACCUGGCUUUUUGCCUUUUCUGUACUUAAUUAACAGCACACUUUGGGGCAACAACAAAACAUUGUUUUUGACUGUUUCUAAAGAAGUAAUUAAAGCAGAGGCAAUUCCCAAAUGAUGACUUGCAAGGAUUAGAACACACAAGGACUCAGAAAAAGCAUCCUGUUCAAUAUAAAAAUGUUCAGGUAGAUUUAACACUGUUUUGAGCUGAGUCCAGGUAACUUUAAUAGUUGCACAUCAUACAUAUUCCCUCUCCCUCCACUGGCAAACCUUGUACAAAUAAGUUAAUAUUAAGAACAGUGUUGGUUGCAAAUACCACACACACUUGAUCAUCAUGAUACCAUAAUUAGUGCUUUAACAUCCCUAGGUUACCCCAGAAGCAAAGACCAGUAUUAAAGAGAGACGGGUACUUAGAAAGUAGUAGAGGUUAAGCAAAACAUCUUGUCUUUGUCCAGUCUAGGAUUGCAUGACAAAUUAAGUACAAACCUGGCAUCCGGAGAAUCUGCUUUUCUUUUUCAAAACUGACAUUUCUAGCCUUAAAAGCACGAAGGCUUAUGCCCAUUUUUUUUUGCCAUGACUUGUAAGUUGAAAAGGAUCUGGGCUGAGACCAAACAGAGUCACUCUCAGUUCCUUGUGACAUGCUUGUAUAAUGAGAAACCCCUUCCACGAAGUGAUGGGUUUCAUACAAAGAUAGAGCCACACAUGAAAAGGGCUCCUUUUAAGAAUCGUUGUGAUGUAGAUACAGAACCAAGAACAUGGCAAAUGCUGUGAAAAGCAGUUGUGAAGGGAAAACAAUAGGGAAAGGGCAUGUACACCAAACUACACUUGGGGAAGCUUGCUUGCCUCCAUUGCCUGUUUGCUACAUCACACUACUUUAUGCAAGAAUAAAGAAGACAACAGAGGCUCCACAUCUAGCACAUGUGAGGGCAGGCAGAUUCUGCUUCCGUGGGGGAAAGAAAAUUCAUGUAGUCAGGCUUGGCUCUUUUCUGAAAAGCUAUAAAAAGUUCUCAAGUUCUUGCUUUCAUAACCUACAGCCGGCUCCCAAGAUCUUUCCACCACAGACAGACGUGAAUAAAUAGGCAGACAAGCAAACACUAGUUAAGAGGGGUGAGGGAUCUUGCUGUGCUCUGUAUUCCGCACUGGACAGAAAACCUAGC